CUUGAUCCGACUACUUUCAACCUGUUAACAAAGACUCACCUCAGUCGGUCACUUGUUUCAAUUAAACCAUAAACUCCAUGAAUGCAUGGUUAUGGACCAUUAAGUGAGAGCCUGGCCUGUGUGGCUACGUAUAAUAAAUGGACCAGUACCAAAAAACACUUAAGGUGCUUUUACACUAUUCAUCAGAUUCACUGCACAUUUAUACUCUAAUGGGAGAGGACGCUAACCCUAACUUUAACCUCAGCCUCCAGCUAUGUGGCUGCUUGUGAUGCACAAUAACUGUGGGCAAACUUUUAAUGGUGUCAGCAGGUUGUGUGCUUUGGUUGAUGUGUGAAUGCACUGGUCUCUGUUGUAGCUCAUUGUUAAGAUAAAAAAGGGGUUUUUAAAUUACCUCUUUACCAAUAAAAAUCUAGUGAAUAGAAAAGUCGACCAUCCUGCUUCUUGUCUGUUAUUAAUCAGACUGUUUUGUAAUUUCUUGAUACCAUGUUUCAAGACCCACUCCGACGAAAACCAUGAUUUUCUAGUUUUUUUAUACAUUCAUAUGGCAUUUUUCUGAUACUAAAGGACAUAUCUUGACAAAAAGAAGUGCGAAAUUACAUUUCUGAGUAUUUCUACAUUCAAUUCGCUGUGAAUCUCUGACAGACCCAAAUGGCAGGUUCGGAAACAGUGGGAUUUCCUAAGUCACAAAUCCAAGCUCCGCCCCCAGAGCCCCGCUAUGCAGGCCAGGCUCGGAAAAAUAAAGGAGGACAAUCGCGAAACAAGCAUCUGCGUUACCGGAUUGAAAUGCCUGUAAGAAAGCUUAUUAUGAUAUCGACUUUCAUCAUGUCCCGAAAAACAAUAGUGUCCAAGGGCUGAAUAGCUCCCAUUUUACCUGUUUCUUCCACUACACAGGCAAUAUUUGGCAGCAAGCUAACUCGAGGAGCAGUGUGCAAAGCAACAGUGUCUCCAUCUCUGACUCAGAGGCAAAUUGCUAAUGAGCUACUGGAGCUCUGCAGAAGAAAAGCCCUUGAAAACGACACAGGUAAUGUGAUUUUGGCUAAAAACUUCAUAAUCACAGUUUAAUGACCACUGAGAACACUUUAAGUAGUAAAAAAAAAAAAACAAUCAGAGUGGGACUUUAAACGCACUUCUUUUUCUUAAAGUGUAGGGUUUUGUGUUGCUUUUGAGGACUCUGUUUUCUGUCAACCCCUGAGGUUGCGCUUUAAUAAUAUCCCACUGAAGUAACUGUAACAGGUUUAUUGUGUUUGGCAGCCACAGGGCAAACAUUUGCUAUUUGGCCCCUCUUUACACCCCAUCCAGGAAUUAAGCUAUCUGGCCUCAAGUAAUGUUGGUGUCCAUUUGAAGGUGCUAACCCUGUGAGCAAAAAGUGGAUCCAAAUUAUAAAAAGGUCUAUUGAUUGGAUUUGCUUCUGGAUAACUUGUUUAGGUUACAACCUCGGACGCUGUUCGGGGGCCCUGGUGUUCGGAAGUGUCUGGAUGUGAGCGCGCUGUCAAGAAACGUCAAUGUACACCAGCCGGUCAGGAUUUUUUACUUUGCUCUGUUUUGUUUCUGCUGAGGUGCGUGUUGUGUUGGUUUUUUUAUAUAUACCUUCUGCCCUUGUUUGCUUUCUGUUUGCAGAAUGCAGAAUAUGCAACAUGACUUUUCUGCAAACAGAGAGCAAACUUUUUUAAAAAGAGAAAAUAUAGGAACUAGAGGCCCCAGGAGGUGCAUCCUACACCUCUUCCAUCUGUGAGCAGCUAAACAUAUAAUUUCCUAACCCUUGGCUGCCCGGCCUUCUGGCCUAAUGUGGAUAUAGGAGAUCACAUGACAGCCUCACUAAGCUGCAAUUGAUUUAUACAGUAUGACAGUUGCCAUCACACUGCAUAUAGUGCAGGUGUAAGAGCCUGACAGAAGCUGCUACCUCCUCAGCUCUUCUCAGCUGAGCCUUGCACUGCUCUGACACAUCACUUGGACCAAUUAGCUUCUUCUGCCACUCUGCUGUCACACCCCAGCUGAGCUUACUGUAAUACACAGGGCUAAAUGUUACAGCCAGGCACAGGAAUAGACAGUGACAAAUAAUGUACUGCCCACCGAGGUUAGAUACAAACCUACAUGGGGAUUUGAUUUCAUCAAGUCUGCUUAAACCCUGAAUUAAUGUGUAAACACGCAAACGAUGAUCUGACAGCAAAAGGGAUACAUUGACAUUAAAAACAGAUGCUAUUUAGGUGUCUACAAAUGCAUCUUCAGUUUAAUUCUCUCUAAUUAACAGUUUACAGGUAGGGCUGUCAAUAGCAAUGCCUGCUUCAUUUGCAUUUUCUGCUUAUGCAAUUUUACAUGUUAGCUUCAUUUGCCUGUAUAAACCCAGUUAGGUGCUGUUCUGAGCAUUAUUUGUGACUAUAGAGUGGCUUUUUGGUUGAGUGCGUGGCGUCCUGUGUAUUGCUAUCGUGCGGUCGUUACUAAAGUUGGUAUAACUAGAGAAGCAAGCGGUCGGCAACAUUCAUCUCUUGAGAGGGUGUCCAACUCAGUGUUACAGUGUGUUUGACCCUGACUUAAUUUUACGCUGGAAUAUCCCUUUAACAUGCACUAAAUAAGACAACAAACUAUGAUGCAGAAUCAGAGCAGAUAGAACACAACCAGAGCUUAGAAAGCCACUGAGCAGGCCGUUACAGAUGAUGUGAAAUGAACUGUUUUUGAUCAAGAAGCUUGUUGCUCUUCUACGCUUCCAUGUAUUAUCCAUGAAGUAUGACAAGUUCACUGCAGACAGGAGUCUGUUUUUACAAUGUGAAACUCAUAAAAGAUACCCGUCUCCUUAAUGUGCUGCAUGAUCCUAAACUCGCGGCUCUAGAUGAAGUCAUUCAUGUCACAUGGAAGCGGGGUCGACACAUAAUAAUGGGGUGGAACUGCCGCUUGAAAAGACAGUAAAUCUCUACGCCCGCCAGAGAAAUUGGUGCUCUCUGUUGCUCGGUAUGCCGUUCAUUGGCUAUAACUCUCAGGCUGUUAUGGGCGUCAGCUAAACCUAUGCUGCGCAGAUGUGCUUCAACUUGGAUGUGUAACAACAUCUGGCUAUAACUUUGCCAUGUGAGCAUGUGUUGUAGUUGUCAGAGUGGUCCUGUGUUUGCACUCAGAAUCUUGCACAACAAGUGCCUCUAUAUGCGUAGAAAUGUGCAGUAAUGAGCUGAAAAGGGGAUGGAAGAUUUUUGAUGGCAGCAGGGGUGGACUCAUGGUGUUCUGGGCCCAAAUUUAGAGCUUAGGUGCCACCCCAAAAUCCUGAGUAAAUCCUUAAGGAUGGAUUGCAUUAGGCUGCUUGUAGCUUCCUGUGCAUUUCAAUGUGUCUUAUUCAACAUUUACAUCAAAGGGUUUGCUCUAACUGCAGGCCUGUUGAUUUUAAUUUGCCAUAAAUCAAACGAACGUCAGUAUUUUUUCAUCAACAUGCUGUUUCUGUUAAUAGUACACAUACUUGUUCCAUUAUCUGGCACUAUCUUUCUGCAGUCUCAGUAGAUGGUUGUCUAACAUGAGGCGGGUUUCCAGGGUUUCUGUCUGUUAAAAGUUAGUUUUUCCUUGAUACUGUAACUUGCUAAAUGCUGCAAAGUGCUACAUGGACUCGUGGAAGUUUGAGAUGGGAUCAGAUUGGGUCUGAUCGUACUGUCUGAGACUGGGUUUUAGGAUUAAUUUAGGAAUUUUGUUAUUAAUGUAUAAAUCUUUAAACAGGCUUGCUCCUUCUUAUCUCUCUAACCUUUAAAACCCUGUAUUUAUCUCAGACUCUCAGAUCCUCUGAUUAGUACCUUCUGACUGUCUCAAGGUCAAGAUUGAAGUUCAGGGGUGACCGAGCAUUUUCCGUUGCUGCGCCUUAACGCACUUUUACUCCUUGGCUUUCAACUCUUGAGAACUUGGCCUUUUAAUCGUGUUUUUAUUGAACCAUGUCCCGCUGUUUUUUAAUGUGGUCCUGUGUCUUUGUUUUAUUGUUUGUGAUGAUAGUCUGUCUUUAUUGUUCUUUUUUAUUUCUACUGUACAGCACUUUGGUCAGCUUUUUGUUGUUUUAAAAUGAGCUUUAUAAAUAAACUUGGAUUGGAUUGGAUUGGAUGCAGAAGUUUCACUCACAUUAUAUCUUUUUCUUUCUGAUUUAAUCAAAAUUAAGAUUUAUUGUUUUAAUAACCAAGAUGUGAUUAUCAUCUUUUGGAUGACUUACUGCUGCACCUUCAAUUUAAAACAAAGUGAAUAUCCCUAACUGUCAGUUUCUGUUUAAAAUUUCAUGUCCAGAGUCUGAACUAAAAUCUGUACCUCUCCUCAAUCUGUAGCUCUUAGAGGAACCUCAGCCUCUGAUAGAAGUUCAGGGUUAACCAUGCACAGUAUUCUCACGUUUCCUCUUCUGCUCGUCUGCUGGUGAAUCCCUGCCUCUCCCCCUUUAUUCAAUUUUAACUGAAUUCAAUUUCAGGGCAUUUCCCGUUUUCCCCCGCACGCUAAAAGCUUUUCUCAUUCACAAAUUUUACACGUCAGCGAGUCUGUCCAAUGAACUUUCUUCCUGUGUUCAACAAACAAAAUGAGUUGUUGGACCCUGAUCUUUAGAUAGCAUUGAUGUCAUCAGUCUGUCUCCCUGUCAGACCGCAUUUGAUCAAACUUUGCAAUCCUCCCAUCUGCACCACGAUACUCAGACUUUCACUAAAGAUUCAUGAGCAGGGGAUUUUCCACUGCUCUUCUCUUUAUGGACAUCAAAAUCACUUCUCUGCAGCUUUUUUAAGAUCUUUGAAAUAAAUAUAAAUGCAAAGUAAAGCAAGAUGCAGAUACAGCAGGGGGAGUACAGAAGAAGAGGGGAUCUGACAGCAGCAGGAACAAUCAUGGCAGAAGGUACAAAUGCAGCUACUACAAAGGUGCAUGUCAAAAUAACUGGCUAUAGGUGAGUUCAUUACUAUACGUGGAUGUGGAAGUCUGUGGAACUAGAUGAAAAACAAGUCUAGGACUGUUAUGACUGAGCCCACCUGGAGAAACUGUGUCGAGUCGGUGCCAAUGUGGGUUCUGUCAUCUGUCGCCAAGCUGGUUCAAGAGUUUGUCACUCACCGGGACACCCUGAACGAACAAAACAGAAACCUCUGUGACUGCUACCAUGUCUCUUGUAUACAACUCUUAAAACCUGGUGGGUGCACACAGCCUUAGUUUUCAGGUGUACCCUCCAGUAGAGCAUGCAGUUAGGAAUUUUAGGAACUUUCUUUGUACGUAUUUUAUUGAAUGGAAAAGAAAAACUAAACCAAAAACAUCAGGGUGAUAUAAACCUUAACUGAUCUGCUUUCAAACUAUCGGCAUUUGCAUCAGCUGUUCAAAAAAAAAGGAGGAGCUGACCCCCUCUUAGGACCAGUGGAAGGCAUUUCUCAUUUACCAUGUACAUUGUAUGUUCAGGCUGUCUCUUGCCAACAGACUGAGACCAAUGCAAACAAGCCCAGGAUCAUGUUCUUAGAGUGACAGUCUGGGAGCUAACAAGUGCCAGGUCAUGGUAUCAUGCAAACAGACUGCAGAGAAAGCCAACAGGUCAUGGGGUCAUGUGACAUGGGGAAAAGGCCAAAAAUCUCAAAGGACAACACUCACUGAUUCAGACAAUAUUAGCUUUGACUCUGUUCCCUUGUCUGUCCUCGCUAUAGAUGAGCAGCUGCCUUGUUUGAGAUUGUUACAUAGCGAGUGCGUCAUGUUUGCCCCAGACGCAGGAGGAACCAGCAAGAAACAAACAAAUAACAGCAACACAUCAAUAAAACAUGAGUGAGCUAACCUGGGACCGAAGGCGGAGGCUUGACGCAUAUUCGGCUGCAGAAAGGAGUCUGACAGUAAUUGGGUUGGGGUGAGGUUACAUUUAGGGACGGGGUAAAAAUGGAAGGUGCAGCUCUAUUUAUGUGUGAAAGAAAAGUACAACCAGACCAGAGCGAAGGCCUUCAAAGAGGCACGAGGAUACAGCUAUCACGACACAACGGCACAAAGUUGGUACAAAUCUUUUGUUGUUGUUUGCCUUGCAGCUUCACGAAAGGAUGCUGAGAAUAAAACACAUCCUCCAGGUCCAAUUUGAAUUACAAAUCUGCCCGGAAGCCUUUUUUGUAUUAUCUGAGAGAAACUUUAAAUAUUUAACAACAAAGGAUGCCUCUGCACCGUUCUGACAUGAAGAUACUUUAUAAGAGCAAUGUUGCUGCUGUUCCGCAUACAAAUCAUAACCUAGAUCCACUAACACCUCCUCUAACACAAUGCAGCAAGCCAUAGACGAGAUAUAUUUUAGAGCAUGUAGGUGUAUUUAAAAUUAUGUGUUUAGAUUAACAAAACAUAUGGUGGGAAUGUACCUUUUGAACUGAGUGAAGGAGUCAUUAAUGAUUAUUUUCCCUAAGUAAAAAUAGAUCAAACGCCCAUUUGAGUUGCGAGGUCUUAUUUCUGGAAAAUAUCUGAUUUAGAGAUCUAUCAAAAAUCGCCCAGUAUAAAGAAAAGUAUGACUCAAAACAAGUGACAAUAGUAUCACUUUUUAUACGCAGCAAACCUAUACGCUAAUAGUUGCUGCAUUACAGCUGGCAUUGGCUUCGCCAUACUAUCAACAUGGUGUGAAAGAGAUGCGGUUAUACUCAGAAAGUGUGAUGUCUACAUGGUAAUGUAAUGUCUGCUCCUUUGUUUCUUCUUUCACAUUAAACAUCAUGAUGCGAUUCAUCGUUAACAUUUCAAAACCUGAAUGACGGCAGCUUGACCUUUUAUCCAGAGAAACGUGAAUGUUUCCCAUAUAUUCAAAAGAAACAUUUGUGGCUAUUUCCUCUUUUUCUGAGUCACGUUUACUCUGUUUUGCUCUGACCGUGACCUUUUUAUCCUCUGAUCUGAAGAACUUGAGGAGGCACUUCUGUUUUCAUAUUAAUUAAUUUUUGUCAAGGUUGUAGAAUAUCUCUCAUUUAAUGGUUUAAUUUGCUUCAGCUUUAUCUAGUCUGCUUUAGUUUCAUACAAACUGAUAAAUUUGAUUCUAUGAUUAAUCCAUUUGACUUAGAAACCGGCAGCAAAAUUUGACAUGUUUUUUUCUUUUUCUACACUCUAUUUAGAAAGAGUUAUAGAGCCUCCUAUAUGCAGGGUUUUUUCAGCCCACCUGCCUACUAGACAGUCAAUAUAAUCUACUACUGCCACCACUAUUUCUGCUCCACUUCUUAGAAAUUGAUGUGAUACUGAGCUCAGUGGAGACAAGUUAAAAUACACUACUGUAGAUCCACAGGGGACCGGCUCACACGAGGAAAUCAAAAAACAUGGAAACAUAUCCACAAGGGGCAAUCGAACGCCAUGGAAACAAAUCCAUGUGACGCCACACGGAUUUUAUCCUGGUUUAGAAGUUUGCAAGCAGGCAAGGUGAGAUUCCUCCUGGGAGCGGCUCGCUGAGCGGUAAGCUGUGGUGAGAAAACAAAACGUUUUAUCACCGACUACACAACCAAUUUAUUUGGUUCAUUCAAAGAUGUACAGAAAGCACCGACGACAUGCGUGCGACACUGAAAUAUCCAGCGCCAGAGAGAAACGCAUUCAGCUUCAAUAACAGCAGAAGGAUAAAGAAUGAUAUUUAAAAGUCUUUUCGGAUGUGACAUGACUGCUAGUUGACGUGUUUGCCAAAUAUCCAGAGUCCCAGCAGACAAAGAGAGGUCAGGCGGACAGAAGCAAAAACAAGAGCUCUAACCGAUGCCCACAUUUAUACAUACUUUGAAAUACUGCCAUAGCUGAAUAUCUUUUUUCUGGUUUAUUAAAUUUGUGCCUUUGCUUUCUAAAUAUCUGGGACUGGGUACACUAGCUGGGUGUGAGUUAAGUAGAGGUCUUAUGCAAAGAUAAGACAUCUAGUAAUGUGGAAAAAGCAGGGAGUGACCGCAAAAGACCACAAACCACAUGAGGAAUAACCUUAUGGUUUGGGGCAUGCGCCUAGACCUCUAGGUCAGCAGGGCUCCAGGGUCUUACUCCUACACUGGACCCCAACUAACCCUGUUAUUUCAACAUAUGUACAUCAAAUGCACCAAACCUGAGUGGAAUCAGUUGUCACCACAGUUGCUGUAAUUUUCCAAUGGUGCAGAACCUCUCAAUACCACGUGCUUUAAAACAACAAACUCCAACACUUUUCAUUAUUUGGUCUUCCUGCUGUUUUAUUCCCAAUUCUGCGGGUUAAUCUGAUGCUAUAAAGGACUCCCUGAGAAUAUUCUGGGUUGCAUCUCUGACUGGCGCAGCAGCGUGUUGGUGUCACGGCAGAUUGGAGUGAUGCGAUAUGUGAUAUCUCAAAGCCUCCUUUCAGUGUGCUGCCAAGCCUGUGAGUGGGCUCAACCUGAAAAUAGAAAGGCGUUUAAAGGGGGAGGUCAGAUUGCUGAUAAUAGCAGCACUCUACAGUAUAUGAAGCCUUUCAUUAUGACUUUCACUUCUUAAGUUUACUCUCCAGACCGGCUUGUAUUAAGGUCACUUCUGAGAAUACGGUUUUCUUUCUGACAAGUGUGGUGGAGCAGGUCAGCAUCAAAAGAAGAAAUAACUGGUGAAUCAGUAUCUGAGACUAAUUUCCAUUGACAUGUCAGAUUUAUUAUGUGAUCUAAAGGAAACUAACAAUUACUGGUGUCUGGAGCCCUCUUGUUUUCUUAAGCAGUCUAAUGGUAUCUGAGUGAGAGAUGUUCCGAUACCAAUUUUUCCCUCCCAAUACCGAUAUCGAUACUUGCGUUGUGGGUAUCGGCCAAUCCAAUACCAGUAUGUUAUAAAAAUAUGUAUACAUCAUACCAGGCCUGCAUGAUUGUGAUAUGAUUAUCAUUGUGGUAAGGUUUAUCUCAGGUUAAACUCUUUUGUAAAACACAAAUAAAUAAAGCAAAUUCAAGCCAUUUAUUUUUCAAUAGAAGUAGUAAAAAAACAGCAAAUCCAAUUUAACUAAAUAAAUCUAGGAAUAAUUACUUUUUAAAAAUUAAAAAAGAGCCACAAUAUUUUUAAAUAAAAAGGGAGUUGAAACAGAACAGAGCUAAUGGAGCUAACCCGAAGUAAUUCACUAAUUUAAUAAAUUACGAGGUAUUGGAUCGGUGCCUGGACUCCAGUAUUCGCCGAUACUGAUGCCACUAUUUUCAGCAGCAUUGGUACAAUAUCCGAUACUGGAAUCCGAAUCGGAAAAACUCUAAUCUGAGUGGGCUUUGGUUCAGCGCAAACAGCCAGUCCUUUUGGAUAGUCAAUAUGACAAAUACAUCCAACAAUUCACUCUUGUGUGUUGUCUGUGAUUUGGAACUGUUUUCUCGUAUCUAACAGUAAACUGAAGUAUUUGAGGUCUAUUGUCUUUUACAGUUUCUUUGCCAUGUCAGCGGCAUGGGUGUCAGUAAGUGACCAGUCCCAAAUGAAUGGUUUAAUGGUGAUCUUCGUAUGGCAACUCAUCGUCCCCACAGGAAAAAUCCUACUGCAGUCGUUCCUCAGUGUCCCUCUAGUACCGCUAGCCAGUCAUAGUUGUAAUUGAAAUGUAUCGUCAAAAGUCAAAUGGGGUGAAUUGAUCCAUCGACCAUGAUCAGAUGGAGUGUUUGAAUUGUUGAAUCUGCUCUCACUCAUUUUACAUAGACUGUAUAUAGAAUGGUUAGGUGAAACCUCCACGAGAACAGCACCCCCUGGUGACGGGCUGCAGUAUAGGUCAUAAACCCCGCAUCCUCCAUCAAAAUGUAUGAAGCUGUGGACAAACUUUAAAAAAGUAAUCAUACAGAAUAUAAGUUUUCUGUAACUUUCCAUAACUCUAUAACUUAUAACUCAGAAUAUAAGCUGUGAUGUUGACAUGUCCAUUUUAGAGGUUAUUAGGAGUUCAUGUUUUCUAUGAUUGACACUCGAUACAGCGUAUGGGUGUAUGUAGAUUGCAUAGAUCAUCUGGAGGACACGCUGUCUGAGUAGAGCGUCAUCACAGCGACUCUCCCAACGAACGCUACUGCGCAAAUGCCGAUUUCAGGAAAUGGAGAAAAUCCCGGGAAUACAGGGCAUACUUUGGCUUCAAAUUCGUACAAUGACAGGAGGCGGAGUCACGUUGUCCAUACUAUAUACAGUCUAUAGACAUUUCCCAUACAGGCUUUCAUCUGCUUGGUGUUGUUUCUGUGUUUUUAUUGUGCAAUUGAUGGACUUUGGCAAAGCUAUGGAGCCACUGUUGUUAUUUUGAGGGAUUUGUCAGUCUGCACAUUAAUAUGCUGAGUGACUCUGAAUGCAGACAGACUGACACUGAGGAGAAUCACAAGCUUGUCUGAUCUAAAUAAAAGUUGAGAGCGCUUCAGGAGGCGAGACCCUUGUUUGAUCUGGGUGGGAGGAGUUCAAGAAUGAUAAUAAAAAUAAAUCAAUAUGCAUAUUGAGGUGUUAUGUUGCUUUGGACCCCCAACAAAGACAAAAUCAGUAAGAGGGCUUCUCGUUGUAAUUUCAAAACAAACAAAUAUUCCUCCAUUAUACGUCUAAAAGGAGGUUUAUAGGAGAUUUUUGCAGACCUGCCUGCCUUUGGCUGAGCAAGUGAGGCACAGAAGAGAAGAGUCUUACAAUUAUAAAGGAUAGCAAUUCAAUUAGUACAAAACAGCUCUGGUUGUCAGGCAACAACCAAGGACACACCAUUCUUUUGCACCAUGGCAUUCAGCCGCUUCUGUAAAGAGUAAUGACAUUAAAAGGAAAAUCACUGCCAAGGAUUAUUACAAACCUUUCAAAAAGCUUGGAUGAAUUGCUGUUCUCGCCCACGUCCUGUUUUUGUUUGAUUGGGUUGAAAGUUGCGGAGAGAUGUGACUUUUAGUUUGGUUGCAUCACCUUAAUGAACACUCAGGACUAAACCACGAGGCGUACUCGCAGUGAGGGUGAAUAUUCUUCAUUCUGCAGGUGUCUGCAGCCUGAGCACACAUACAUUUGUUAAAAGGUGCAGUUCACAGACACCAUGUCACAGACAUUUCACCAAGUAGAACAUUGAUAAGGUAGUAUUAUGCUGAAGCAGAGUUAGUUCUUGGUGAGGUCAAAAACAAGACUUUUAAUUAAAAUUGAAAUUAAAAAACCAAGAGGUGACAUUUUAAAGAAAGUUCCAACUUUCGGCACUUCUCAGUGUUGAUCAUUGUAUUUCUCACCCUGAGCUGAAGCUAAUUUUUUUCAUCUAUGUGUGACACCAGGAUGUCUUCUGUUACCAAAAACAAUCCUGACCUAUUCGGCGUUCACGUGGAGUGUACACCAUUGUCAGAGAUGCACAGUCGCAAACUAAUCGCAUUUUUAAAAGGGCACAGUUUUCUGUUCUUCCAUUUAUUCUGGUGCGCUCUAAUCCAGGGUUGCAGGGGUUUGGAGCCAGACCCAACAAGCACCGGGUGUGCAGAAGAGACAGGCUGCCAGUCCAACACAUUUCAGAACAUCCUCAGAAUUUGCCGCAAAUCUCGUAUUUUUAGGUUCUGAUUAAAGCUUCACUAUCUGACACAGUUAACACAGAGAUUUCAAUAUUUACUGUUUUCUCUUCAUUGUGUUACCUAGUAGGUGUUUUUCCCCUGCUCCUUGUUCUAUCUGCAUGCCAAGUGGUGGGGUGUCUUUGGCUACAAAAGUGUAACCAUAAACAGCUUGCUUUGUUGCUUUAUAAAAAGACCAGAUCUUGUUUAUGAGCUCACAGACAAACACUAUGUAAUGCUCUAGCCUGCCAACACGUGCACAGGAGGAAACCGCUGAGAGAAAUGAUGAUACUCAGUAAACAAUUAAAACAUAGCUAUUUGUUUUUAUCAGCUAGGAAAUAAAGACAGUACACACACUAAACGCAACGAGAGGUUCAUAAAACCACAAUAUUUGGACCUCCUGGUCUGUGCCAACGAUAAACUGUCACAUUGAGUAAGUGAUUGGGUGUUAUACCAAUAAUCACAUGUUCCAAUUAGCAGUUAGUACAAUUAAUUAGUGAGUUUGUCAAAACUUUCAUCGGCAUCCUGCAAGUAAAUAGAUUUCUGACACAGUUGUAACUUUCAUACUUUUCCAUACCCAAUUUUUUAGAAUUAUUUUUGGAAAUACCUAUUUUUCUACUUUAGAAAACAGUACUUUAGAAGUGUGGUAAUCGUCUGGAAACAUAAACUAUUUUCCAUUCUUUAUUUUAUUUUCCAUACUUUUGAAGACCAGGAGAUUGAUCAAAUUUGUUUCUAUACUUUAUAUACUUGCGUAAGAACUAGGGGUGGAAGAAUAAAUCGAUUCACAUAAGUAUCGCAACUUUUUUUUUUACAAUUUAUAAAUCUAUUUCAAUGUUCCGAAAUUGAUUUUUUUUUUUUUAUUUAAGAAUAAAUCUUAAAAACUGACUUACAUGUGAUGUGUAUUUUUUGGGGAAAAUAUAGUUCCUGGAAUAGUCAGUAGACAAUCAAAAUCAUUCAACAGUUUCACUGGUGUUAAAAAUGCAGACUAAAAACUGAGAAAAUCAACAAUAUCGUAGAAUCGCAGUUUAAAUCAAAUUGGCAUCCAAAAAAUCGUAGAAGAAUCGAAUCGAGAGAAAAGCAUAUCAUCCCAGUCCUAGUAGGAACCCUAAAAGAGACCUAUUAAUUGGGACCAAAGUUUAACUCAAGUUUUAAAGGUUUACAAAGCCUGCAUAAGUCUUGUAAAUUCGAGAGAGAUUACAGCAUCCUGAAUGUUGUGUCAGUUAUUUUGUUGACAACUACACAGUUUUUCUCCAGACUCUCGGAGCUACAGCCUUCAUAUGUUGCUCAACCACAUCAGGUAAGAGGUUCUGACCGACGACACUCCUCCAUGUUUACACUGCUUCAUACUCAUACUCAUGUCUUACUUCUGAUGUGUUUGCUGGAGUGACGAGCUCUUGCUGACACGCUGUGGACGGUCAAUAAAUGUAUCCUUGCAGGUCCGGUCAAUCAUAUGCAAAAAAAAUACUCACUAAAAAGAUUCAGGAAGUUGUUCAGACAUUGUUCUACUCUCUUCAGAAUAAAUUAAAUGUUAUGAGGAUGAGAUAUAAAAUAUUUAAGUACACACAGUGGUAAUAAAAAGAUGACUGACACGUGUUUAAUUACAGCAACCAUACCAAGUGUAUUCAUUACCGCGGCUCAGUGUUGACAACUUGUAAACCCUUUGAGAUUUUUCGGUAACUCAAACUCAAGACUAUUUGUGAGAUGAUAUUCACAUCAGUCCACUUCUACUCAAAGUUUGAGCUUCACUCUGAGCUCUAUGGGGGCCUCUAGAAUAAAAACAUUGGGACGGAGAUAAAUAAACCACAGAAAAAGUAAGUUUGUGACUUAAAAGGUAAACUGCUCAUUAUGUGGUCCAAAACUCACAGUAUCAGUCUGACUGUUCCUUUGUCUCAUUCUCUCUGCUUUGUUUAACACACGUCCCUCAGAAGUUUGUUUUUGCUGUUUUCUCAGAACAAAUAAAGACUAACCAGACAGGGAAGAUUGUGUACAUACAACACCAUAGUAAAAAAAAGCUACUGUUUUACCGUAAUGAAGCUCAGACUUGUUAUCAUGAGAGCUGAGCUCCCAUUUGGCCAGAGAUUUACUGAAUUUACUAUAGAGUACAUGACCGGAUCAUAAGAAUCUCAUUUGAUGGAGAGCAAAGUAAACAUCUGUGGUGCUCUUUCUCUCAAUGUCAAUAAAACACACAGAUUAUAGUUGUAGUCGGCUUCUUGUUUGUGCAUGAAUAUACAUAAGAUGCCUUCUGUUUGUAAUAACCAUGCAAGACAAUAUUCCAAAAUUAUUACACCAGUAAAUCUGGCAUCAUUGGGCUACAGAGCAAAUAGUAAUCCCAGUUCUGGCAGAACAGCCAGCGCUCUGACAGAACCUGCCUCACGGAGUAGAAAUAUCACUCCACCACAGGCCAAAUGACCCUGCAGGGCAGGCUGCACAUCCUUCAGCACUCAGUACAGUGUUUUACAGCAGCUAAGAAAGUACUGUAUUGUUUAGCAGAAGUAUAUCUCCACGGUUAUAUUGUUUCCUUAAACCAAUUUAAAUGUAAUAUUCAAACUAACAAAAGAAAGCUUCAUCUCCACUGCUCCACAGAGGGAAAUAAAACAGGCCAAGAUAAACCAAUAACCAACACCUGCGAUAGUUAUUCAUUUUGAUACCAAAUAGUGUAGAGCACAGACGGUAUUAACAAGCACAAACAAAGUAACAAAUGUGGACUGCCUCACCCCACCACUUUAGUGUUUCAUUAAAUCAGCAGGGUUUCCUCACUACUUUGAUCAGUCAUCCCUUCAGUGGAUCAGCCAGUUCUCCUCUCUGAGCCCAGACACUCAUGGAUGAACACAGAGCAAUAUAAUACAGUAGGUGGUCCUGCUCUUACAAAAGGCCAUUAACACAACAAGGAGCUAUGAGUAAUGGUGCUUUCUCAACUUUUCACAAGAGCAUUUGACUUUUUUUUUUUUUCUGGAUAUGUGUCACGACAAAGCAUAUCCUCACACAUGUGUGUAUGCCAACUUAUUUUCCUGAUACAUGGGUGGAUUUGGAACAUUUACAGCAACAUGUGCAAAAGGAGUAAAUGAAAGUCACACUUAAACAAUCAUUAAAGUCUGCAUGGAGGCUUUUGUGCGUCUCUCCUUUUGACUUUGGCCUUGUUUCAGUCCUAAGAUUGGGUUCUCCUUUUUCAAGUGUCACAUACACCGGGCUUUUUCUGGGCGUAAGAAAGGACUGACAUGAAAUUUGAUAUAUUUGAUACUCAGGUUCAUUUAAUUAGCAACUGUGUGAAUUUUGAUGACCCCUCAAUUUGUUGUUUGCUCAAAAGUUUGCUGUUGAACAUGAGGGCUGUAUUUUCAUGACUAUUUUGAAAGUCAACCAGCGAUCAACUAUUGUAAAAAUCAAACGACUGGUCAGACAAUAAACUACCUUAGACUAACAGCUUUCAAAACAUGCCAUUGAAAAUCUGAAUCUGGCUCUACAUAUAAGUAGUAUUUUAAUCUAAUGUAAAUCUGUUAGACGGUUAGUGAUACAGUCAGAGAUUGCACCAGUGUCCAUGGUAAUGUUGCAUCCUCUGCUUAUAUGUUAACCUGUCACUUUAAAGCUCAUUAAUCAAAGCUCUAGGAAACAUUGCAAUAAUAACACUUAAGAACAAAUGAAAAAUAAAAUUACUGAACCUGAGUGAACAUUUUAUCAAAUACACGUUGAUAUUUAAUAUUUGCCUCAGUUUAAUGUUGCCACAGGGCACUUUUGGAUUUAUGACCAGCAAUCUAAAAUUGCUCAGAAGGAAAAAUAGAGAUAAUUAUUGAGGUUGAAGUAAAAGAAAGUCAUGCAAAUAUUCACUGUUCCCUGUGCAUUAAAAUCUAAUAAUCUGAUCUUGGCAAGUUUAAUGUUUUAGAUAGAUUUGUAAUGAAUUGAUGGGCAGACAAAGAUUUGGGGGUUUUUGCUAAUGAUUUCAGAAAACGGCUGAUAUUGCCGUUGUAGGUACCAGAUGUGCUCGGGCUGCAAGAUCGGCUCGGGGCCAAGGCGCCCGUUGAAGACGUCACCCUACGGCAAGUCCAAUCGUACAAACUAUAUUGCGCUCCAUUUAAUACGUUAAAUGUGCUUGGGCAAAAUCCCCUUGCAGUUUUAUUUAUUUCUGUUUGUUCAUUCAAUUCAUCUUGAACCUUUGUCCCCAUAUAAUGCAGAGAAAUUCAACUUACUGUACUAUAAUUUUUAAUUGUAUUUGUUAGAUUUUCUAAAUGAAAAAGAAAAAAAAGAUGUACGCAGGAUCUCCAUUUAGCAAUAGAUGGUUUUGCUUUUAUUCCACAUUUCCUUUGGCAACAUAAAAGGAGGCGGUAAUCCAUCUGAUGUUAGCGAUAGAUUGCUCCGAAAAAUUCAUCUAUGUUUUUCUCCAAAGGACUACAAUCCCAUGAAACCAAAUCCCACCAAAACUGCAUCCAUAACUUGUUCGGAACAAUUCCAAUCUAACCAACUUCGAGCCAAUCAUAUUAUAUGACGCCAUCAACAGGCGCCGGGCCCGAUCUGGGAGCCCAAGCACACCUGGUACCUACACCGUCAAUACUUAACUACAUCAAUUGUAAAAAGUUUUUGGCCAAUUAUGUCAAAACGCCAUUUUUAAACUCAAUUAACCAGCCAACCACUUACUAAUCUGUCUAUUUCAAAUAGAAAUCUACAAAGCCAGUGAGCUUCAGCAGUACUAUAGCUGUGUCGUGUGUUUGGUGAUAACAAGCACACUUCAACACACGAAGAGACUAAAAAGGCAGUAAGAUGUAAGCAUCAUUACUGUAACCCUCUUGACAUGCUUGCAUUAGCACACACAGCUCAGAGAUGUUUGGCAGUAAGAGGUGACUGCAGGCCUAAAAUCCUCAGAUUCAGCAGACAGAUCUCUACACACUGGCAUGUAACGCGUAAAUAAAAUGUAAGGACGUUGCUCCAAAUGGAAGUGAAACAAAUUACACUGGCUCCCCUAGAGGAAUAAAUACUGGGCAAGGAGUUCAACUGCAAACCCACCAACAUUCAAGGCAUAAUGGUGUUUUUUUUACACUUGUGAAUCAUCUAAUCCCCUUUGCUUCAUCAUUACAGCACCAUAGAAGCCAUCACAGAAAAAGCUGCUUCAUCCAUUACAGCAGAUAGGACAUGGGUCAAAUUAGAGAGAGGAAGAGCCACCAAACACAACUGUCCAAAAAAGAGAGAGAUGUGUUAUCAUGAAUGAAGACUGGGUUGAAAAAUGGGACUCUUGCAGCGUUCUUCACCAGAGAGGAGGCAUGGUGAAAGAAAACCAAACAAACACUAACUCCAGACUGGUUGAAGUUUCUGCAACUAAGUGUUUCUGCUCCCAGUCAACACAACUGUCUGUUCUUAUGUGGACUGUGUCGGCCUAAAGGGAUCUUAGCUGUUUAAUCAGGAAGUUCAGUUAAUGAAAGGAUGUGACUUCAAUCCAGCAGCUCCACUAGUCAGAUCUGAGCACGCCGUGACUCCAGACUACAUCACCAGCUCUCUCUCUGAGAUGAAAGUUUAUCUCCUUUUUCUUUUAUUUUUUACAAUGAGAGGAGAUGGAGGUUUGUUGUCUAUAUCAAUACAGUCACAUAAUGACACCGGCGAAGAGUGAACAUAAGUCUUAAUUUCAAAACAAACAAAUUUAUGAUAGCUGCUGAUGGUAAUUUAGCAUUCAUGUGGUCUUCAUAUGGUAUGUCAUUGUCAUUACCUAGACCAGAAAAAGAAAAUAGUUGGUAUUUUUAGCUUUAAUCAGCCAAAGCCGUCUCUGUCUCUUCAGGUACUGGAGAACAAAAUAACAAUAUAAUAAUUGCCUCCAAAAAAAACUUCCCCUUUGACAGCUGUUGUCGACUUUUCAAUUAUUUUGCUUCGUUUUUUUUUAAAACAAUGAUUUUUGCAGCGGGGCCUCUAAUGAGGAAAGCUGAUUUAACCCCACAUUUGCUUUACUGAUCAUGUCAGUACCAAUCGACGGCAGCAGCUCAGCUCUGCUGUAAUGUCAAAGUCACAGGUCCUCUGGGGUAAGUGUUGGUGAACGUAUGUGAGAUCAGGUUGCUGGUGAGUGUUAAUUAAAGCAGGUUGUUUGACUUGAGCGCUUUACUAGAAUUACAGGAAUCUAACGCAUUCACAGCAACAUCACACCUUUGUCAAAUCAAAGGUUAAAUCGAUGUAACCACAGCUCUGUAUUCACGUCUGUGGCAUUUAAACAAAAAGAAAUCAAACUCACAGUUAGCUGAAUGUUAUUUACUUAUUUCCUACUAUAUUAUUUGAGCUGGCUUCAACUCAGUUUUCUGAAAAAUAACUUCAAAUUUCCUGUCGAAAAAGCUCUCGAUCCUACUAAAGAGGAUUAGGGCCACAUGAAGAGAAAAAAAAUAAUUACAGGAAGCAGAUUAAAGUCCAAAUUUCGAGAUUAAAGUCGAAAUUUUAAGAUUAAAAAAAUGGAAUUAUGUCAAUAAAGUUGAAAUUUUGAGAUUAAAUUCGAAAUUUCAGUAUUACAAAAUGUCGAAAUGUCGUGAAUAAUGUUGAAAUUUCGACAAAGAAUAAAUUUCGAGAUUAAAGUCAACAUCUUGUGAUUAAAAAACCAUAAAAUUUUGUCAAUUAAGUCGAAAUUUCGAGAUUAAAUUCAAAAUUUCGGUAUUACAAAAUGUCGCGAAUAAUGUUGAAAUUUUUUACAUAAAUAAAUUUCGAGAUUAAAGUAAAUAUUUUGUGAUUAAAAAAAUCGAAAUUGUGUCAAUAAAGUUGAAAUUUCUAGAUUAUAAAUCAAAAUUUCUCGAUUAAAGUCGAAACUUGGGUAUUACAAAAUGUCAAAAUGUUGUGAAUAAUGUUGAAAUUUCGACAUUAAAAAAAUAAAUUUUGAGAUUUAAGUGAAAUUUCGACUUUUUAAAAUUUUGACUUAAAUAUCGAAAUUUCCUGUUAAUCUUGAAAUGGAAAUAAAAAAAAAUUCAGUAGUUAUUUUCUUUUCUCGUCUUGUGGCCCUAAUCCUCUUUCGUACGAUCCUUAUAUUGCUUUUUAACAGAAGUAUAAUUUUAUGGUUUUUAACAGAGAGUAAAUAUCUAUCAUUUGCAGUGUUUUUUUGUUUUUUUUAAAGGUGUCUUUACUAAGGGAGUAAACUUCUGUUUAGUAAUUACUUUCGAAAAUCACUUUAAAAUUAGUUACAAUCAUUUAGAGAAAGUGAGCUCUCAUCUAACCUCCUGCAGUCAGGAUAAGACAAUGAGAAAGUGGAUUAGAGGUAAUUUAGUCCUUUCAUGCCGAAUGACUCAGCAGUUAUUUAAAAACACUAAUAUGUGCUCCUCCUAGCUCGUGACAAUGUGUCCUUUAUUAGGUGUCUUUUUUUCCCAGGAUGGAUAAAUAAAAGGACAAAUGUGAAUUUUUUGCAAUCUCAUCCUGCAUUUUAGAGAGAGCCUUUAAUGUUAACUGAGGCCAUCAUCACGAUUUCAGUUCAUAUGCUGGAUGUUACAAAAUAGGCAUUAUUUACCACAAAUCCCCUCAAAUCUGUUUUGACUGGCUGCUUUACAGAAAUAAUGUUUCUCCUCCAGCUGUGACUCGGAGAAACAAAUCUGAAACCACAUUUUCAAAACAGAGAGACUGAUCCUGCCAGUGGGGCUCAUCACGAUCCGGCCCACAGAACAGAUUUCAAGGUGAUCCUGUGCACUGGCGCAAGUUAAGCCAAGGUUUUUCAUCUUUAAUUGAAGGGAGUUGAUGAAAAAGUCAUGAUGUGGAAGCCAAAGAGGGGGAGGGGAGAGGUUGGAUCUAUGACGUAUCUGUUUCUGUGUGUGUGAACCUGACACUAACCCCUGCAUGGAGCAAGGUUUCCCUGCUUUAUUUAAAAUUACAUUAUCCAAAGUAGGAAAUGGAAGCAGCAAGGGAGCUUUGGGAGGAUGCUCAUUCAAACUUAAGAGGAAGCCAAGUUUAAAACAUUUAAAAAACGCACUGCGCUUUGAGGCCAAAAACUCCCAUCAACCUCUCUAUUAAAAAGGCCCAUUAGUACCACUGAAAUGAACACUGUUUUAAAGGCGUUUGAUGUGUUUUGUCAUGCAUUUUUACAGCUAAUGCAAUCCGUAGAAUUAACCUCAGGGCUAUGUUUCUAACAGGAUUGUUACUUAAAUGAUCUUGGGAAUGGUUUAAUAAUGUGGCUGUCUGUGUACUUAAAAGCUGAUGGGUGCAAUUAUAAUGUCGUUGACUUGAUAUUUUAUAUGCAGGAGGUACUUUUCAUGAGCUUUUUCAGUGGUUAACAUUCAUUUGUUGCCAAGUUCAUAGAAGAUGGGUUUGUUGUGGGCUUAGAAAUCACAGGAUACUGGACAAAAAGACUGCUGAUUUGACAUUAUCUAGCAUCAGUCAUCGGCCAAGGCUGAACCCUUGCACUCGUUUGGACAGAGGGAUGGAUAGAUGGUUUACAUUGAGCUCAUCUUGCUGUAAUUACCUUCCGCUUGUAAAUAAAAUCCUCACUUUCAUGCUUUACCCUGGCUAUUCUACAAGGAGUGGGAGAAAGAAAUCGAUACAGCAUCGUAUCAUGAUAUUUUGUCUGGUGAUAUAUCCUACCGUCACGUUUACCAAGUAUUGUUUCUUUCAAAUUAAUCGCUAAUACGAAGUCAAAUAUAUGAUAAUGGAAAAAUAAAAUCAACAGUUUGUCCAGUGAGGUUGGCAGAGAUUACUUCACAGAGCAGGAGAAAGUUAGUAGAACAAAUAUAUAUAUAUAUAUAAGGUUAGCAAAUGUGCUACAUGAAAAUUAAGUUGAGCGUACAUAAGACAAACAUAAAGGACAGUUAAAUGCUAAAUUAGCUAAACAGUUGAAAAAAAUUGCAUAAAUCGCAAUAAAUUGUAACACAGUAAUCACUUUAUUGCUAAAUGUUAAAAAUCACAAUAAUAUCGCAUCAUGGCCCAAAUAUUGUGAUAAUAUCAUAUCGUGGGGCCACGAGUGAUUCCCACCCACUAUUCUACUACAAUAAUGUUUAUCAAAUAACCAAAAUCUGGUCUUAGAUGCAACAUGGUAUAAUAAUCAUUACAUGGUUGGAAAAAAAUCAAUUUUGUCAACAUGUUUGAGUUUUAAUAUCUGGGAUAUGCCAGAGUAUCAAAACGUCAAGGCCAAACAAGGGUUGGAAACCACUGGCUCAAUGUUUGCCACCUCCUCCGUCCUCUCUGGUUCCACCUUCUCCUCCAAAUACAGAAAUGUCAAGUUGUCUAUCUUCUAUCUGGAGUUAUUGUUUUGAACAUCACACUAAAAUAAAAGUAGAGCAUCACUGAAUAAAAUCAUGUGGUUCGUCAACAAGAACAAGAGGAAAAAAUAGCAAGAUUAUAUUUAGGAAUUCCUUUUAAGGUUGUUUCUGUUUAAGUAUUUCUGUCUUUCUCCCAGAGGAUGAACAAAAACUGAUAUCUGUGAGUUUAUUUCUGAGCUGUGACUGACAGUCUUUAAAGUGUUGUGAUCUGUGGUUACCACAGUGUGUCAGCUCAACAUAGGCAGCAGUGCGGAGAAACAACAGUUAUUGUUUUGAACACCGGCAUCACUCUUACAUAAAGAUUGAAGUUAUAGAGGAAAACUAUGUGGUUUGCCAACUAGAGAAAGAGGAAAUAUAUUGAGAUUAUUGUAAGAAAUUCCCUUUAGAGCCUGUUUCUGUUUUGAUAUUUCUACCUUAUAUCUGUGAGUUUAUUUCUGAACUGUGACUGACAGUCUUCCAAGUGUGGUUACCACAGGAUGUCAAGUUAACGUCAGCAGCAGACUUUAGAGCUUUACUCAACAGGGAGAAAACAAGGGAACAGAGCAGGACUUUUCUAUCACUACCCGCAGUACUACAUUUCCCAGAGUACCCCUGCAAAAAUCACCCAGGGAGCUUGAAGAAGUUGCUAUUUUAAACUCUCACUUCACCCUUGAGUCGAGGCGGCAAUUCAUGAGAGGGAACCAUGUGGUUUGUCAACAAGAGCGAGAAUUAAAGAUAGUAAGACUACCUUUGUCUUGUCUUUCUGCUUUUGAGAAUAAGGUCUGGAUGAACACAUUGAUCCCUGCAGGUAUGUUGCUAUGUUGUGACUGACAGCCUUUAAAGUGUUACUACCUGUGGUUUCCAUGAUAUGUCACAACGCACGUAAGCAGCAUGUAGUAGAGGGGGGAAAAAAAGGAUGUUCAAGCCUUCAUUCGACGCAGAGCUUAACUCACACGGGAACGGUAGUAGAGAGUGAUGACGGCUGUGGUAGUCAAGAUGAAUGAUGAGAUGAAAAACACUCAGGUGAAGUGAUGGAAAGGUUGAAGUGGGAAAAUCCAUGCAGGAGGCUCAUGUACCAGCAUUGGGAUUCAUUAACCUGGUAUAAGAUGGAACUAAUAAAGUCUCUUUGCCAUUGUCUGCUAUUGAUUCCUUUGUUUUUGCUCCUCUUGAUGACUGUACCACCAUCCUCAGAGCGGCAGGCAGAUCCAUGUGUUGGCUCAUAUGUCUGUCACAGCCCCUCAUUGGUUUUUCGCUGUGAGUUAUUGGAUGUGAUGUGCUGUGCUUUUAUUAAGGCACCUGUGUGUUGGGAGAGAUGGCGUCUCAAUUGACCCGUGGUAAGUUGGAGUUAUUAAAACAGUCGCUCCAUGGCUUUUUUUUUUUCCCACAUUGAGCUUGUCCCUUUAUUCCUCUACCUCCCUGGGAGACACACCUCUACUUGAUCACUUUCCUUCUGGUUUGACAGCUCCCUCCCACCUGCUCUCAUUCUUCAUUAUUACUCUUCUCUAAGUCUAUCUCUCACCUCUCUCUUUCUCUCUCUCUCUCUCCCCUGCAAAACACUUCCCACACUUUCCCCUGGGUGUUUUUUCCAACUCUCUGUAAACCGCUUUCAACUCAUUCUGUAUCCACCGGCCUGUCAAUUUACCUGUCUGCCGUUGCCCGGACUUGCCAGCGCCUCGUAACAGGGGGAUUGUUUCCCUGGGUCUUUUGACGGCGAAAGCGAACACUUGUCAUAUUACUUUAAUGACGGAGUGGCUCUUCCAGAAAUGGCCUCUCCUCACUCAUCUUUGUUCUCUAACCCCAAACUGUUCCUGUCCAACUUCCAUGUCUGCACCUGAUUCCCCGAAAGUUCACCUGCACACAAAGGGGUAACUUCCAGAAACAUACCUCUAGAGUUGAAAUAUUUACAAUGUAGUCAUUGUUUUUGAGAGGCAUCGUCAGCAUGACUGAAUCGAGCAAUCUCAGAUAUACUUGUCGACUGAACUAGAAUCGAAUCGUUGAGUAUCAGAAAGUCAUCAAUCAGAGACGUGGACAAGCUUUGAAAAGAUGAACAAAAAGAAAGUCUGUAGAGUGAAAACCUCACAGCAGAGUGGAGCAUAAAGGGUUACCAAGCACCCAAUAAAACAGGAGCACAAAUAAACUCGAGAGCCAUAGGUUAAUACUUCUAAUAUGUAGUCCAGUGUAGGGCUGGGUGAUAUGGCCUCAAAUCAAUAUCACAAUAUAUUGAGCAGUUCACCUCAGUAGCAAUAAAUGGACGACAACUACUCCACAAGCUGCUCACCCCCUCCCACAUUAACUUUGUCUACUUCAGCCACUGCUACAGCCGCUACAACUUUUGAACCGUCCUCCAUCUCCUCACCUGUUUUCCCCUCUUACCUACACGCAUCCAAAACCAACUGUUAUUUAUUUAUUUUUUUGACACCGAAUAUACCGAUAUGGGCAAAAUGACGCUGGUUAUUCUCAUAAAUUUCGGUAUCGGUAAAUUUUCAGUUGAUUGCCCAGCUCUAGUACAGUGUGUCUUCAGAGAUUUACGGUGUAUCGGCCCAAUACAAAGGGUAUUUUUGUUUAUUUUUAUAAUUGCACCACCAGAAUUUUAUUCAAAAAAGAAAAGACAGAAAAUGAAAGUAAAAAACAACCGCAGCUAGCACUAACGCUGAUAAAACAGCGGGUGCUAUAGAGCCGAUUUGUGAAGUGCAGAAGGCUUACCGCUCUUAACCCAAAGCUAGAGCGAUUAAUAAUAAAAUAGCUGGAUUUACACCAUUUACGACCUAAGUCCAAGAAUAUCGCCAGCUAUUAGCAUCCUGAGCUGCUGCUGUUUUGCAGAUGCAUCCCUUCCUCCCCUUCUUGUCUAACAUGAUCUCUACAUGGAUUCACAGCCUGAUUGACAGCCUCAUCAGUGACAUAUAGACUCUUGAGAAUGAUUAGUUUGAUGGUCCAGUGUCUGGGGGAAGACUUUAACAUGAAAAAGACAUGACUGCUCCAGAUUUUAGGGGAGGAAGGAGGGAAUUGACACAUCCAGACUGUCCUUUGUGUUCAGAGCAAUGAUAACAAACAUGUUUAUAUUCAUGGUAUUUUUAUCUGAAUCAGCCCAAAAGAUUCUGUUUCGUGCAUCCCUAUGUGGCAUGGCAUGGCACAUCAUCAGAUUUAUAAACAGUUGAUUUACAUAGACCUAAAUAGAUGUUGUAUGUGAUGUUUGGCAUGUUGUUUCUGUGAGUAAACUAUAUGCUGACGCUUCUAUGUAGAUGAAAUUCCCAACGUCUUUAGUUAUUUGAAAUGAACUGCACUGUUUCUCCAUGAAGGAGAGCAUGAUGAGAAAAAGAAAGGAUAAGAUAACGCCCGGUGCAGAUGUACUGUUCUGCUUAACAGUGAGCUCUAGUGGCAAUACAAUGAAACACAAAAUGCCACCAGCUGCUUUGGGUCUCAAGCUAAGAGCACACAUGUUAUAUGGCUUUAAUUUCCUCCUAAUGUAAAAAAAAAAAAAAAGAAAAAGAAAAAGAAAUGAAAGUUCUUUUAGGGGGCAGAACAAACUAAAGUGAGAGUGUAAAUCCUUUUAACUUGAUGUAUUUUUAAUGGGAACACUACAUAUAUUGGGAGUAUUGGAAAACUUGUCAAGUUCACUGUGAAGGAAUAAGGAUACAGACUCCAAGAAAGUCUUUAUAGGGCCAUUUGACUGUUUGUUCAUUUGAGGGGUCGCCUUCAAUAAAUUGGUAAUAAAUUGAUUAAAAAAAAGAGCAAGAGCCAUGUUUUACUCCACAUUUUUCCCCAUAUGCGUCUCUUGAAUAAGUGACUAUUUCCUGGUGUCAUAAACCUGACUAUCAUCAUUAGCAGAUAAUCUAGAUUUUUCACAACUCUGUGAAAUUUAAGUGAUAAAUAUUAAUUAAUGAUGAAAAUAAACCUUCAGUCCUGGACUCGUCAUCUCGCUUUUCCAGAACAUGACAUAUGGCUUCAAUAAUUGCUUGAAGUGUUGGGGCUGUUUAUGUUGAGAAAAACUAGUGCCAUCCCACACAUAAAAGGAGAAUUGACUGCCUUCCUCUACACCAAAACAAACACUUCAUUCUCAGACUAUAAACAUAAAAGCAUCCAACAACUAGAAAAGACUCAUUGAGGAUGACUUGUGGAGGGAUUCUGGUAAAGGAAAUGGUACUUUAAUGGCUCUCGCAAAGUGCUUAGGCGAUCUCAAUCUUCCAAAACAAAACAAUAAUCUGCAGUGUGGUAGCCUGGAGAUUUCACUAAUGAGCAUAGAUACAGAGAUAAACUAUUGACUUAUAUUACAGUCGCAGCUGAAAGCCCUCUAACUGCUUUCACUUGGCAAAUAUUGUGGAUUCAAUGACUAAGUCUGACAUAAAUUAUGAUGUGAAUUCAGCAUUGUUGCCCGUUCUUAAAAACAGACACAGGAGCAAUAUUUGAUGAUGAUCAAGCAGAGGAAAAUAACUGUGAUUAGAUUUAUUUAAUGGGUUUCAUUUGAGUGCAAUCAUUUCCAAAUAGCUUAUAGUUUGUAAUUGAUGCAGACUGGAAUGAAAAGUUUGCAGAGAAAAACUGAAAAAAACAAAAUGGAGGUUUUUGUUUUUCAAACGCAGCACAGCUAAGUCACAUAUUGGUUUGAUUUUAAAACUACUUUAAUUAUAAGACAACCCCCGCUGCCACCACUACUACCUCUAUGAAGACCAGAUCUUGUUUUAAUAAAACCUCAUUAUCCAGUCUGACUAUGAGAAGUUUAAUUUAGUGUGAUUUCAGCCAAAUUAAAGUGUUAACAUAUAUUUUAAUAAGUCAAGUUUAAGCCUGACUAAGACAAUAAUUAAGUUUCUUAACAUGUUAGGGUGUUGAUAGUUGGGUUAAGCAAACUAGGGCUGGGGGAUAAACCGAAAAUUUAUCAAUACCAAAAUUUACGUCAUUAACCAUCGUCAUUUUGCCCAUAUCGGUAUAUUCUGUGUCAAUAUAUCGUGAUAUUGAUUUGAGGCCAUAUCGCCCAGCCCUAAAGCAAACUGUGCUUAAUUCGCACUUGUGGGUUAGUUGAAAUUAAAAUAAUUGCUACAAAAAUCUGCCCCAUGUACCAUCCCUAAUCUGGAUUAAAAACUCAUUGUCUCCACAGUUUUCUAACAUUCCCUCAUAGUUUGUAAAGUUUGACAACCUACUGUCAUAAGACUUGUACAUGUUUGGGAUCAGUCGUAAUUGACUAAACUCCUGACUGUACCACCGGACAAUACUCUGUGCAAUAACCCACUUAACUGUGCAAUAUUAUCUGUGAUAGUGCAAUACCAUGUGCAAUACAGCAAUUAGUACACCAUUAUAUAUCAUGUGCAAUAUGGCAAUUUUCACACCUCAUUUAUUCCACUGACUUAUCCUCCAUUUCAUACAUUCUCACUCAGCACCUUUGUAAAUAUUGCACUUUGUAAAUAUUUCUCUUAUACUUUUAUACGCCUUUAAUAUAUAUAAUUUUUUUCAUCUUUACUUUAUCUUAUUGUAUUCCCUUAAGUAUUUAUUGUGUGUUUUUAUUUGUGCUCCAUUGAGUCGAGCGGUGCUCUCAUCCAGGGCAUUUCAUUGCACUGUUGACCUUCUUUAACAUCCACAUGACAAAUAAACAAAUCUUGACAUAUUGAAAUCAGUCUGCUGCUGACUCUGCCUCUUAACGUCAUCUAUCCAUUCAUCCACCCACCCAUCAGUAUGUUUAUUUACUUCUCUUCUUAAGGCAGGUGUGGUGACAUCCCUCCUCCAGAAACAUCCAGUUCCUCCAUUACAAGGCAUCCCCAAACCAAAUGGGAGAAACCACUCCAGUGAGUUAUGGGUCUAUCUGAAGUCUCCCUCUCCAGGCAGGAAAACUUCUGGCUUGGCUAAACUUUGAGCAUCCUCCUGCUGGACUGAAACCUUAAGUUGACUGAUUGAGCUGAUAACAAGCUUUGGGCAAAUUAAUCUUUUUUGUCAGAACCACUGAAGCUCGACAAGCCAAGGUACCAUGGGUAUUUUUGUAUGUAAAACUUGUUUCAUGAUCCUUGGAUACCUCUGACUGAAAGCAAUUUAGCGAUGGGCCUUCUGCUGAUACACAUUGAGAUUGAAAGGCGAAGCUAUUCUACACACUGCAACUUGUUCACCUUCAGAGCACAGUCCUUCCUCACAUACAGAUUUCUCUCUCUCACACUCGCUCGCUCUGUCUCUCUCCCCACACUGCCUCUGCAAAGCCCCUGUUUAUUAUUCAUGUUCAUCAUCACACCAUGUCUUCUGUUUGCAACCAGUUUCACGGAUGGACUGGCAGCAAUUUAGAGUUGCUACAUGAAACCGAGAGCUUUACCGUCAACACUGAAACGGAUCCCACUUAGUUUAACACGGCCAACCACACUGAUGCGAGCUCGCAGCAAGAGCGCCCACACGCCAAACAUUCACAUACUAACACACAAACACACACACAGCCACACAUCAGCUCUGGGAAAUGUCUGUCAGAUCCCCAUUUGACUUCUUAUGUUUUCUAGACACCAUGGGCUCUUGCUCCUCGGAUACAGCACAUUGCAGGGAAGGGACAUGAGUGUAGUGCCAGAGUAAUUACAAGUCUGCUGAGGUGGUGGAUAAUUACCUCACAAUGGCUUCUCUGCUUAUUAAAAACCUACUGAGGGUCUAUUACUCUUUUCUAGGUGCCAAUAUUAAACGUGAAAAGCACAAACACAUUGACGGAUAUGCACUAUUAUCCGUCAGAUUCCCAUCUUGGCUCCAUGUAAAUGAAAGUUAUGUCAGCCAAGUCUAAGCAUGUGUUACGGGUGUUAUCAACAACCACUGUUUAACCAAAGCAACAAAUGCAAAAGAGUUUCUUCAUUUCAGUCGACGUCUUGAGCUCAAAGAUAAAGAAUAAAGAUAAGCUCUGGUAACUUUACAAUGAAAUUCAGCAGCAUGAGAGGAGUCCAGAUCCUGGCCAGAAUCUAAACAUAAUCAAAAGUCGCCCUAAUAACAGAAGCCAAAUGCAGAACAGGAGCCAUAUUUCAUUCUGACAAUGAUGAGGAGCCUGCUCCCGAUGACUAACAGGAUAUGACAAGUGCCUGUGAUCAUCUCCAGAAAUAUCAGAUCAGAAAUGGACACAGUAUGAUGGACUUGACUAAUGAACAUUUGGUAACUGUUCCACUCAUCUGUUUUUAGCUGAACUUUUUCAUGAAGAAACGGUAAAAAAAAAAGUGUCACCGUACCGGAGACCUGUCGUAUCUUUAACCUACCGAAAGCUCAGGAAACCAUGUUGAGUUAUUUGAUGUGGAAAUAGGGUGAUGACACAAUUGCUCUACAAAGCCAGAAAAGAUAGUGACUCACUGUAUCAAUAUAUUUAGCUCAUCGGCUUCGAGGUUCCCAUGAUGCAAUGCAAUCUACAGUUUCUUACAUUUAUGCUUUCUCCUUUUUUCAUCAAAUUUAGUGGAUGUACAGGUGCCAAACUCAGGCAUCUAUUUAGACACAUUAAAUUAGCGCUCUGUGUUUGAUUGAUACCUGGGCCCACUCUGUACCCAGCCUGUGGACUUGCACUCAGGGCCCCACCUGACUACUGAUAACUUAAAGCAAACUGUUAAAACAUGGAUGAAGCCUCAGUCAUCAUGUCACUCACCGGUUUUUAAGGAAGGUUCAUGGAGCCAAAAUGUGAAAUUUGUUUAAUUUAUGCAAAAAUCUAAUUUAUGCACAACUUAAUCAAAAACGACAGGUUGUGAAAAUCUUUUUCUUGUCAUAUAUGAAUAAAAAAUGAAGUACAGACUCUAGGAGAGUUUCCUGGAAUCUAGAAACCAUGCAUGUUCAUAAAUGAAAGUUCCUGAAUUGACCCAGAUGUAAGAUAUUACUAAGAGUGGGAGAAAAAAAUCGAGUCACGUAUCGCAAUUUUUUGUUUUAUGAUUUUAAAAUCAAUUUUUAUGUUCAAAAAUCUUUUUUUGUUUUGCAAAUUGAAGAAUAAAUCUUCAAAACUGACUUUUAUGUGAUGUGUCUUUUUUGGAGAAAUACUGUCAGUAGACAAUCAUAAUCACUCAACUGUUUCACCGGUGUUAAAAAUGCAGACUAAAAAUCAAGAAAAUCUACAAUAUUGCAAUUUAAAUUGAAUCGGCAUCCAAAAAAAUCGUAGAAGAGUCCAAUCGGGACAAAAGCAUAUCGUCCCAGCCCAAAAUAUUAUUCAUCUCUAACAUGCAUCUGGAAAAAGCAUUUCAAAUUCAGAGUUUAGCAAUCAAAUGUUAGUGUUUGUAACAACAGGUAGCGCCACUGAGACCAGCCGUCACUACAGUGCAAUGGCGAUGAAAGAUUGAGUGACACAGUUCAUGAAGGUGUAAUAAAUAAAGGGGAUCAUUUAACUAAAAACUGACGCCAAAUUUGGAUGCUUUUUUUCCAAGAAAACAAUUAUCAAAGCAGCAGAAACAUUUGCAUUUGGUUUUCAAAAAGUCUGAAUUAGUCUUAAAAAGGAGAAAAGGGAGUUUCAUCUUCAAAUCUGUGUCCUCCCAUACUUGAGUCAUUACGGUACAAACAGACCUCAACAGAGAGAGUGUUUUCACCUUAAACUAUUAAAAACAAAUUAAUGCUUGAAGGUUGAGAGAUCUUCAGAGCUUCAUAUUUUUAGCUUAACUUCUUCCACAUGCAGAUAUGGAGGAGAUAACAGUCCAAAAAAAAGAGGGUUUUCUUUGACCUGGCUACAGUUGCAGCUGUAACCUUGCUUGAUUAAUCAUGCCACAGCCUGGAAGCUGAAAAUAACUUGAGAAAACUAGUUGACCCUGCUCGCACCAUGCACCACGGCUUAUAACAAGUCCACCUCUCACUUUUUGUACUGACAAUAGGAAGCAAAAUAUCCCACACACUGUCUCAGACCGACCAGUUCCAACUGUGAGGUAGAAAAUCUGUCUGCUCAAAGGAAAUCGCUUUAACACAUCGAGACAAAAUAUAAAUGAUAAUGGAGGUUAAAGGACACUCGGUAUAGGGAUGUUUUGAAACUGUGAAGACCAAAUCCUUGGCAUAGGGCAUGGGUGUCAGAAUUUUUCUGCCUGAUUUGGAGAAAUUUUGUUUUUUUUGGACAAUUAAAUCCACAAUGCCCUCAGAGUUCAUGUCUCAACUGAUUCUGAUAUCACCGGACCAACAGCCCACAUCCCUCCCUGCCAACAAUUACAAUUCACAGCACAGCACAGCGGCCCACCUAGAACGAAACGAGAGCCUGUAAAUCCUGACAAGCAGCGUGUCUUAGCAUCCAUCCUUUGAUUCUGAGGACUUAUCCAUCAGUCCUUCAUCUGCCUGAGUCUCUUCUUUUUCUAUCUGGUUAUCAAAUGGCAUUACGGGUGCAUCUCUAAAGCCCCCGAAUGAUCUCAUUCCUCAGAGGAGUGUUUAAUCCUGCCACUUUCCACCACUCCACUGACAGGAAAUGAGAUGGUGACAUGAUAAAUGUGGGCGAUGCCCGUUUUAAACUUAGGAGCUCAAGGGCAACUGUGGCUUAACUGUUUCCCAGAUGUUGAGUGUGAUGAUGUCUGGAAAUCGAGUGCGUAGGUAAUGAAGUGAGAGAGAAAGAGAGAGAAAGAGGUAUUCGGUGCAUGAAAGCAAUAAACAUCGACAUCAAGGUUUUUUUCUGUCCUCGCAAUCUGGAAUUAAACAAAAUGCACAUUUAUAUGAUCUCUGAAUUUGUGAAAUUACAUCAGUGCAGAAGUGUGAAACAGGAUGAAAGGGAUAUUCCGGCAUAAAAUUAAUUUAGGGUCAAACACACUGCAACACAGAGUUAGACAUCCCCUUGAGAGAUGGAUGUUGCCGACCGCUUACUUCUCUAGUUAUACCAACUUUAGUAACAACUGCAGGACAGAAAUACACAGCGGUCUCAGGAUCCAUAAACAAACCUCAACCAAAACGCCACUCUAUAGCCACAAAUAAUGCUCAGAACAGCACCGAACUUCAUCAACAGUACAUAAAGGGUCCCAGCCACAGCACUAGCCACCAAACAUCUUUUUAACUUUGCCUAAUUUCUUUAGCAAAGAGACUAAACACAACUCACCUACUCUCUUCUAGCAGCUGUUUGUUUGUAGCGAGACCUCGGACCAGUCCAUUACCGACUGCUGCGGGGUGACGCAGCUCAAGGAAGAACAUUUAAGAUCAUUUCUUCAUGGAAAUGCAAUCAGACCGAGACGCUAAGGCAAAAGAACUACCGCAUCUGCAGUGUAAAAUGAUUAAUGUGUUGAUAAUUACUUCAUGGAAAUGAUAAAGAAAUUAUCUUAAAUGUUCUUCCUUGAGCUGCGUCACCCCACAGAAGUAUGUAAUGGACUGGCCUGAGGUCUCGCUACAAACAGGCGGCUGCUGGAGGAGAGUAGGUGAGUUGUGUUUCGUCUCUUUGCUAAAGAAAUUAUGCAAAGCUAAAAAGAUGUUUGGUGGCAAGUACUAUGGCUGGGACCCUAUAUGUCCUGUUGAUGAAGUUAGGUGCUGUUCUGAGCAUUAUUUGUGGCUAUAGAGUGGCGUUUUGGUUGAGGUUUGUUUUUAGUUCCUCAGACCACUGUGUAUUGCUAUCGUGUGGUCGUUACUGAAGUUGGUAUAACUAGAGAAGCAAGCAGUCAACAACAUUCAUCUCUCAGGACAGAGACAUUGAUGUUUACCAGCAUGUUGGAGGUACUACCUCUGCUGAUGUUCGCCCCAACCAGCAAACCAAUUUCACAUUGUUUACUUGUCCUCUGUUCAGCCAUGCCUAAUAAAUCAAGCUUAAAGUUUUAUUAGGAAACCACUCUCUUCACAGCAUCUCUUGUUUCUGAAUUGACCGUUAGGAGGCAGCUUACACACUUGCACACACAUUACCUUAAAAGUACAACGGCUUUGGGCACUUCACAUCAACUUUGCUAAAAAAUAUAUUUCUUUUUAUAAAUUUAGCACUCUGUCCGAGUUGUGAGCACCCUAAAUGGCCUGUUGUACCUCAAUGAACAUCUAAAAAAAGGGAGAACAGCUGACCUUCAGACUGAGGACACAGGCCACUCAUGAAACAAAGAAAGUAUUUCUGUUUUCCUCAAACAGCCUGUUCUUGUAUUCAAUGCACAGUUUUGUAAUUCUUUAACUCUGCAUAAAAAACUCUUCAAUUUCAUCAUCAGAGUCCACCCUGUCCACAAAAAGUUGUUGUAUGGUGCACUGAGAAAGAUGUGUUCGAAUCUGACAGAUUUGUACCGAGACCCACAAUGGUCCAGACCUCCCUGUGUGUGCUCUCAGAUACAGAAACCAAACUGUGCCUUCGGGGCCAUAUAAAUCAUUUUUGGAAGGCUCUGACAAACAGCCCACUUGUUUGUUAACUUUAAGAACUUGGUGGCCUGUUGUUUUGUACUGGGCCGACCAGGGAGCACCGCUGCUGUGGAUUGAGCUGAGGUGUGCUUGCUGUUAGAUCAAUGGAUCCCACCUGUACCCUGCAGGUUCACUAAUCACUGCGCUGUCUGGACUGGCUUCACUAACUGUACUCUGAGUCCAGGCUGAACUGGUUCAGUGUUGUUCCUCACACUGCCUUGAAAUGACUUUGCACUUUGUGGAUGAGUGAAAAGAUGUGUCAGAGUCACUCCAUGAAAAAUUAAAAUCACAGGACAAAAUGUUCUUUGUCUGUGCUCUACUUUCUACGUCUCACUCCUACUACUGAAUAAUGCUGGUUUAUGACUUAGGACCCCUGCUAAUGAUUUCUGUUCAUUAUUAAUUCAUCUGCAAAUUUUUUUAAAUAAUUAAUCGAGAGUUAAAACAAAAAUGAAGAUUGUAAAAAAAAUACUCAUUACAUUUCCCAGUAUUCAAAAUUAUACUUUCACACUGCAGCUACAACUGCUUUGUAUUUCUUUAACACAUCUUUGUCGUGAUGCGCACUUUUCUAUGAGACGUCAAAGGAGCUUGCACAAUUAGCAAAUUGCAAAUGUGUUAUCCUCCUUUCUAUUUUAUUCUCUUAUUAGCUUGUUAUCACUUUGAAUGUUCCUCUUAACUAUCGCAUAUCCAGGUCCAGGUGUGUGCGCUUGUAAAAACGUUUACGAACAACUUUUAUCAGUUGGUUUUCACAGAUAAAAAUGUAUUACAGGGGAAAUAAAUAAGAGUGAAAAAUUUGAAGACUGACACAAAUCAAUACAUUGACAAAAUCUAUUCGAAAUCCCACCUGUAGAUCUAUUUACGUCACCUUCCUCAGUGUUAGUUUUCUCCUACAACACCACUGUUUGAGAUAUUUCUAGUAAUAAUGAGCUGGGUCUGCUUAUUAGCGCGUGUGUUUCCUCUGCGAAGAUGUCUGUGUGUAGAUUACACACACACAUACACAGAUUUAUGAUCCGAGAUGCGGAAGCCACACAUUGAAUUAGUGAACAACCACAUCAUAAAACACACCCACAUGAGCGCAUUUACAGGUGCAGACACAUCAGCCUUUUGAGACCUGCCCUUCGUAAAUCAGUCUGUGAUUUGAAUUCCAUUUGGCGCGUGAUGAAUGUGUUAAACUUACGCCCUGUAACGAAAAUAUAAUGAGCAUACAUGUGCAAACUUAUUAGUGUGAGCGUUCUCUCCUCACCCCCGUGAACAGCUUGGGUUCCUCCUAUCUAUCUAAAGGUCAAGAAGACCAGUCCCUCAUGACACAUCGGCCUCAACGUUAUCUUAAACAAAUGGGAAGCAGGAGGUACAGGAGCUUUCAUUCCCCGCAUUAUCUUUUAAUCUGUCUGUUUAAUGUUACAAGCAUGCCCUCACUGAACAUGAAGGCACGCCGGACGGGUUUUCAACACCCUGACAAUGAACAACGGAAACUUUCUAAGCUGCGAUCCUCUUAAUGCCACUGUCAGAGUGGAGAAACAUCUCUGCCAUGUUCUUUGACCACUGACUCAAUUAGCGAGAGAAGGAAGCCACCCUUUUCCCUAAUGUCAGCCUAAAAACCUUUCCCCAGAAACCAAUUACCAGAGAGUGAGUUCGCCUAAUUCGUCGUGACACAUCUUGCUACGUGAAAACACAAGAAGACAGAGACAGGAUCGUGAUGAGGGAUCAGGGGUCCAGGCCCCAUCAGUGAAGAUGAAUUGUGUUGUUUUUUUUUUUCUUUCCCGCUUCCCAUUCUCGUUUCUGCCACUGUGAUGUGACCUUAAGCUAUAAGCCAACGGGGGGGCUGUGCCGAACUUAGUAUUCUGCAUCCAACCCGCUCAUCCAUCACAUUUUUAAGGUCGGCUCCCAUUUCCAGUCACUCUAUCAAAAGAUAGGCAGGCAUGCACGCACACACAUGAGGAGAGCAUGUUAUUGUGGCUGGGUGGUGAACGUCUACUGACACACAGACACUUGAUUAGAGGAGAAGCCACAUACUAAAUCAUAUGACUUACAGGAUAAAGCCUCUGAGUUAAAUAGCUUCUCAAGUUACCAAGUAAAUAAGACAAUAUUUAAUCUAGUGUCUCCUUAUACAAAAAACUCAAACUUUGUGUAUAAGAUUGGAUAUAAUACCAUCCCUACACACUGUCUCAGGUGGUUUCACUUCCAUUCACACCUUAAUUCAUGUGCCUAAUGUCUGUCAACGCUUGCAUCUGACCUUCAGUUUCCAUGUGACCUGAACAACUCCCAUGAGAGAGCCCAGUGUUCAAAUUUCUGGGACCACCGGCGUAAAACCAAUCAGUUCCAGAUGAGAUCUGGUCCCUGCUAUUUCAGUUCCAGUGCACCUCCUAGCCUACUUCUUUUCAUUGCUGUCCAACAUCAUCCCACUGUCGUCUUCACUCACACCUCUGGAAAUGAACUAGUUUUAAUAUUUGCUUGAAUGUUUAACACAAGUGCAAAUGGCUGCCCUCCUCUUAUUUCAAUGUGCCUUGUAAAACAAUGACAAACUGUUGUUGUACAUGAUUUUAUCAGCUUUAGAGAUGGAACAGUAGGACAUACCAACUUGUUGUUAAAUCCACCUACUUUGUAAGAGUGACAGCUUUGGCAAUAAACACUGUGUCUUCUCUAAAUCCCAGUGAAGAUCUGUGUAUUUUCAGAGAAUGUUCAGAUCCAAACAAGAUAAUCUGCGAUGAAUUGUGUACUCAUUGAAGUGAAAUGGUGAAAUGUCAUUUCUAGAAGCAGCCAUCUUUGUUUUGGUCUGUUAAUAAUAAUAAUAAUAAAUCAGAUUUCAUAUAGCACUUCAUCAGAGACCCUCAAAGCGCUUUACAUUGGAUACAUCAUUCAUUUGCUCACACAGUCACACUUUGGUGGUGGUAAACUACCUUCGUAGUCACAGCUGCCCUGGGGCAGACUAACGGAAAUGUGGCUGCCAUUUUGCGCCUACGGCCUCUCCAACCACCACAACACAACACUCACAAUCAUACACCAGUGGAGGACACACACUGAUAGCAAGGUGGGUUAAGUGUCUUGCCCAAGGACAUAAUGGACAGACUCGGGAUAGGGGGGAAUUGAACCGCCCACCCUCCGGUUAUUGGGUAACCACUUUACCUCCUGAGCUACUGCCGCCCCUGUUGAUCAAUCAGAGACUGUAUCUGUGACCAGCUAUUCCCUGUUCAAAGCAAAAAUAAAUACAAUUAUUCACACGUUAGAGCUGAAUAUCAAUAUUUAUUUUAAUAACUACAGCUUCUUCGAUAGACUUCCUUGCAAACUGCGACACCACCUCACGACUCCGACUUAAUGGUGUGAGUGAGGGGAACAUGAACAGAAGUUAAUCAGCAAAAGAAGAAUUUUAAAGCAAGAUAACAUCAGACAGCGGGGGACAGAAGCUAAGGGAUGCACCAAAAUAAAGAAAAAUGUAUUUUAUCUCUUUAUGCUGAGACAAGAGGAAAGGAGGAGGAUGCAAAGACGUCUUCAGAGAGAGCUUCACUUCCCUGCGAUCGGUCAGCUCCUAUGAGAGAAUCACGGCCCUUAUUAUUGAAGUAUUUCUCCAUGCUAGAGACUAGUGAGACUCACGGGACUCAUACUGGUGCUUAUAUGGAUAAAGUUUUACAGAAAGCAGCCGAGGAAUGGAAGCUGCUGGAAAAGACUUGGAUACAGACGUUGUUGACAUUGCGGCAAAUUCAAGUAUAGCAUGUGUUUUUUCACUAAUGUCACAGCAGCUUUAUAGCUCGUUAAGUUAAGUUUGGAGGCUUGAUCCAUGUUGGCAGGACUGCAGGCACUUGAGUAAGUUAACUGUCGACUUGUCUUCAAACACUACAAAGUAGCUCCACAUUUCCCAAAUUUGCACUUCGACGUAACAGGAAGGAUUAGUCUUUCUUUGCCUCAAUCUAGCCCUAGAGACACCCAGAGGAUAUGCAGAAAGGUGAAGGUAAAGAAUGUGCAAAAAGGUAGGAUACCUGGCUAUUUUUUAGCUGAGUCUUUGUGUUUUCACAGCUGGAGCCUCAUCUAACUCAUCCGGCAUGUGUACAUGCAACAGGAUGACACAGCCAUCUCCGGUAUUUCAAAGGGCAGAUAUUAGAUGUGACGCUUGAGAGUUUCUAUACCGCAAUCGAGCUUUUAUCUGCGACAGAGAGGAGAACCUGAGUGACUAUAGUGAGCCGAGCUGUUUCCCUGUUCAAAGCAAAUCAGCAAAGGCUUGUCUCAUUAGCAACAAAUCAACGUGCUCGAAGGCGUAUAUGUCCAGAUUAGUGCGAAUAUGCAGAAGGAGAGAGUGUGACACAGCGUUAGCAUGCUCCAUUAGAGAGCAUUGUCAUCCUGCUUGUGUCCCUGUAAUAAAACUAGCUAUUCAGACCGCUAGCCAAGUGUGGGUUUCCGUGUGUGUGCUUCUGUGUGACAUAACAGGCGGUGCACACAACUGCCAUCCAUCACCCACACGCUGUCAGCAGGGGAGCAAAAGAGUACACACAUAUGCACACGCGCACACAAACACACACAGUCUCAAUGUGUGCUCAAGCUUGGCCGAGACAAAUACACAAACAAACACACACACACACGCACAGUUAGAGGAGAAAAGUUCUCAUCAUUCCUCAAGAAUUGUUCCUCCUCACAGUCUGGGUGUUUUUGCGAUUUAUUUAUAACAGCUGUCAACUCUGAACUCUAAUUCCCUGAAUUAAUCAAUAAUAAAUAGAAUAAAAUAUGUCCCACUGAAGUAGGAAGAAGUGGGGUGUACAUGAGGAAAGUUCUGGAUCUUUCUUCUUCCUUUAUCACACCUAUUUGGCCCGACUUCAUGUGAGACCUGUGUUUGUUAUAAUCAGCGGAGAGUAGCUUUUUUAAUUAGAAACACCUUUCACCCUUUCCCUCACACUGAUAAAUCACAGAGGACGAGGAGGUGGGUCUUUAUUUCUUUAUUUUCCAAUCAUGUCCUUCAACAUCAAAAGUGGAUAAACAACUAGAAAGGUAAAUAAAUUAAUUUAUAUAUUAUAAGCACAGCUGCCAAAAAAGUCUCUUGGUACCUCUCUGAGCAGCCAUCGAAGGCUCUAAUUAGACUCCAGAGUUGGGUCUUUGCCAUCGUUGUUUUCUAGAAAGCAGACAAGCAUGAAAACAUGAGGGUAGGUAAAAGGUUCCCAGAGCACUUCCUCUCGGUGACAGGGCAGGAUGUGAAUGUGGAACGGAAAUAUGUUAAACUACACAAGAAGAACAGCGGGGUGUCAGGUGUGCACGCAGUUAAAUCUGAAAUGGUGCAGAGUUGUCAGACAGUCCAUUGUGGGUUACCGAGGUGUCAUUGUGUAGCUGAUCUUACUGGGAAGGAGAAAUCCCCUAUAGUGGGCUAUGUAUCUCAGUUCGGAUGACAUUUAGGAAAGGGAUGUGUGCAUUUAGCCUGCUGAACAAUAAAACAAAUCCCCCCUUGGCCUCAGAGUUAAAACAAGUUAAACAAGUUAAUGAUGCUUUAGCGGUGUUUUCGCUGUCGGAUAACCACCCAUCACUCGUCAGGGCGGCCUUUUUUGGUUCAAACCUACAACUAUAACGCUUUGAUGCUGGCGACAUCUUGUGGAUCUGAUUCUUAGAUCCAGAAAUUGGAGAAAAAGUAGAACGUCAAGUAAAACUGGCACAAAACCACUCUACAGGUCAUACCUGUGCUAGCGGACUUAAUCUUGCAGGAAGAACUUGGCGCUGUGGUGCUAGCUCUGCUAUUGUUAACCCACUUGGCAUUGCCUGCACUAAUUUACAAUGGAGCAGUUUGUGUGAGAUUCACCGUGGAAAUGUACAUGUUCACAGAAAAGUACGACGCAUGCAGCCCUGUGAAAGUAUAAAGAUCAUUUUUUUAAGAGAUUAACUUAUUUGCUGAUUUGAUACAUUUCUGUGUUUUGCUUUCUUCUCAAUCCUCUGCCAGACAACAAAUAAUAGAUUCAUGAAGGACUCCAAAGCCCUGGAGCUGGGUUUGUAAGACAUGGAAGAGAUCCAAAGCGUCAAAGGUUUUAUCAUAAAAUAGUUAUCCUUGAAACUUUGGAGAAAAGUAAAAACUUAAUCCAAAAUCUAUCUGACAGAACUCAAAACCAGCCCAGCAAACAACUGACAAUUUUCACCCUUUCAGUUCCCUUCCUAUUCAUUGUACAGCUGCCAUUUGUUCGCAAAUAAAACUUAUUUUUACAGGGGAAUUGAAGGGGGUUUUAUAGUUUUAGGAGCUGAUAAGAUUCACUCCCUCAAACAUAAAACAAUACAGCGGGACAAAUACAUAACAGCAAGAAUGAACGCCAGCAAUGGAUAGUGCAGCAGUGUAUCAAAAGCAUUGUUUAUCUGCUGAACAAAGCAAGAGUAAAAAAUCCAUCAGUUUACAAGCUUAGGGGACAAUAGAGUGGUUAAUGUGGGCCCUUACUUGGAUAGUUUUUCAAUAAAGGCUCCAUGAAAUUCAAAGGUUUUUCCUCCUUUCACUGUCAAGAGGACUUACAGAAGAGGAAAGAUUCAAGAUGAUUUCUGAAACUGUGUUCGUUUUUGACUUAAUGUUAGAUUUCCUGAUCCAUCUGCCAAAAAUGGCUUAUUUGGAGACAAUAGUGUUUACGUAUUAAAGUAGCAGUAAUAACUACAGACAGAACCAAACAUGGACGUAGUCGAUGGUUUUCUUUAGUGUUAUUUUGAGUCAGAAACGCUGUCUCAAGCAAACUUUUGAUCAGUUUGGAAACAGACUUAAAGGGAUAUUCCGGCGUAAAAUUAGGUGGGGUCAAACACACCGUAACACCGAGUUAGACACCUCGUCGACAGAUGAAUGUUGCCGACUGCUUGCUUCUCUAGUUAUACCAACUUAAGUAAUGACCGCAGAGCCACGCACUCAACCAAAACAUUACUCUAUAGCCAUAAAUAAUGCUCAGAACAGCUCCUAACUUCAUCAACAGUACAUAUAAGGUCACAGCACUAGCCACCAAACAUCUUUUUAACUUUGCCCAAAUGUCAAUAUGUUUAAUUGUGCUGUAAAACUGGCAUUUCAACAUGAGACCUAAUAAAAAUUUCCCCAAGAGGACCCUUCAGACUUUAACAAUAAGAUAAUGACAAACCCGCAUUUAUGGACACAAUCAGCUGAUUUUCAAAAUCACUUUUUCAUUGUUAUACACAUUGUAAAUAAACUGUUUUGUUUUAAUGUGUAUAAUUUGCUCCAAUUAUGACUCAUCAUUUAAUAUGCAAAGUCACUGUUGUUUUGGGAAUGCAGAACAAGAAAGAGCAAGACAUAUUAAAGAGACCGGCGUAUAAUCACACUGAUACUAUAACAAUUAAGAGCCAUCUGUUGACAACAAAUAGUCUUUUCACAUUUUUAAAGCCUUUAUGUUGUGCUUUAUAGAACUCCCAUUGCCACGAUUUCAUAGUGCUGCCAAUUUCCCACUUACUGGAGAGAGUUUAAAUCCUCCCUUACAUGUACUAAAAACCCAAACCCCCUCAGUUAAACGUACCUUAUUGCAUAUGAAGGUGAGAGGAUUACAGCAGAGUAGCCUUGGUGAGGGUGCGGCCGGGAACUCUGACACCUGUCAGGGUUUGCUGUCUGGCUUUGGCCUUUUUUACAACAAGAGUGUCGCUUUAAAUGAGCUCAUUUGUGGCUACCCAUCUACACGGGGGUGGACUGUCAAGAGGCCAUGGCAGGGCGUCAGAACACAGUGGUUUUCAUUUGCCAGCGUCAGCCCUGUGGAGACAUAAAACCACACCAGCACUCUUUAAUUGCCCAGUUGUCAGGUGCACGUUUAAAUAUUUUAAACCCUUUAGCUUGUUCAAAUUCUUUAUGCGUUGGGCCGAAAACUUGACUCUGACAAGAGCACUGCAGCUGCAGAUAUUUUUAUGAGAACACUUCCAACCCAUGUGCCAUUGUCAGGCCAUGCAUCAUACUUCCUUCAUGCAAUAGUGAUAAGCAGUCAUCACAACAAUCUCUGAGAGCCUGGAUUCCUGCAGUGCCCUGGUGGAGUUAUGAUUGAUGACAGGUUUCCCAUGCUCUUCUCUCUAUCACGGUUUCUCUGCUGUUUGAUGUGCUCGGCCCUGCCUGAGGCUCUUCCCUGAGCGCUCGCCUCAAGCAAAUCAUCGCCUGAGCCGGCUAAACUCAGGCCAAAGGGAGGCUGAGAGAAGAUUCAUUGGAUGCAACACAAACCACAGGCCAAAUACACUGUUGUAUUCCACUGCUUCUCUUUCUCUGGUAAUACCUGGAAUAUGAGAUUAAGCCAGCUGAGGUCAAAGAGGUGAUGUAUUCAGAAGCUUAAGGAUUGAGAGAUGAGGCAUGGACACUUGAGUGUUGAGCAGCAUAGUGAAGGUUAAUGUUGGUUUUAUUUGAAAAAAAAAAAAGUGUGCUUUUGAAUGUUUCUUGCUUACUCUUCAAUGAAACUCAAAAAGAAUCAGAGCUGUGAUUCAGUGCUGAGUGGAUUUACAGGAUUAGGUUUUGGUAUUUUUGGUGCAUAACUGCAGGAUGGAAAUGGAAAAUAGUAUCUAAAGAUAAGAGCAGCUGCACUUCAAAAUAUUGAUAAAUGGAAUAGAUCAUACAAUAGAGAUGGUUUAUUUUUAAGAGAUGCUUGUGCAAGAAGUGCAAAAGAUAAAUGGGCAACAAACUGAGGGGAAAAAAAGGUUACUUAAGUUAACUCUUUAAAAGCAUCAAAAUAAUGUUUCAGAGAAAUACAAAUUGCUUCAGUAUUUUUCUAAAUCGCAGUUUCAAAAGGAAUAAAAAUAAUUGGAGCUGUGGUAUGAAGUAAAAUAUGUGCAACAGGUGGCGGUAGAAUCUUCUAAAUGAAAUUGUGCAUCAGCAGAGCAAUACUUUGGCACACGCAAGUUGUAAGACCUUGGUUAUAACAGAAAUAUAUUUUCCUGUGCUUUCAUGCGCACAGACGUAAGAGCAGACUGACUGACGGAGCUCUUUACAGCUCGCUGAAAGAGUUGUGAUGUGUUGAAGGUCAGGCUUUCUUGCCUUACAGGGAAGUCUUUGUCCGCUGUUUCAAUAGCAAAGCAUUGACUCGGCAACAUGUGGUCCUCUAUUCAUAUGGAGACAUGGAUCAUUUCUUUCCUGGGAGCUCUAAGUGGCCCUGGUCAAUUGACAAGCAACGGCUUGGCUUAUGAAUAAACCUCAGUAUGGUGCAUGAGGAAUCUUUGAUCACUUUAUUUCCAACACACAUGACACACUCACACACUUUUCUCCACUUCUCUGUCCCUUUUUCUCUCAACCACAUACCUUAAUCACUUUUUAGCAGCACUUUAUACGUCUUUCUUAUCAAUCAAAUCUUUAUUUACUGAACUAUGCAAAAUAAUAACACACUUGAAAAUCAUAGCGUGACCUUCCCUAUACAACCACUAACAAUGGUGCAUGCAAACAAAGGCCCUGAUCUGGGUAUAGACUUAAAAAUUACCAUCAUAGGUGGAAACGUUCGUGCAAUAACUGAUCCGAUUACUGCGAUUUUUCAUAAUGCCAAGGUUGACAUUUUGUCAUCCAUUAAGGGCUAUAAAAUUGUAGGGGAGGCAGCCUCAUGGAAUUUAAUUAGAAAACAACAAAUACCACAAUCAUUUAUGCUCCGUUAAAGUGCUCUGUGUUUGGAUGAGACGAUGAGUCAACAUAAAGGAAGCGGUUUUGUCGCUGAGAGUCAUAUGAAACCAGAAACGGAAAACAUUAUUGGUUGUAUUACAUCGGGGAACAAUUUGUCUGGGUUUAUAGAGGACGCUAUUACCUAAAUGAUAUUCUUUACUUUCCAGUAAUGGUGGGAACUGCAUGUAUUAAGCUUUAUAACAGCUUUAACGAUGAGUUGAAUGAUCAAUAGAUGGACAGAAAAUGAUUCCACUUAAACUUAAACUCAUUUAUUAAGACAAUUAAAACCAGUCUAAGAAUUACUCACUGUCUAAUACUAGUACUACAGUCAUAGUCAUACCAUUGGCCUUGGGGAAUAAAACAAGACAUUUGCAGGCAUCAGUUUAAACCUGAGGGGUUUAAUAGGAAACUGUUUUUGACUCAGGAUCCAUGACUCAUCCAAACCUCACCCCUCAAUCUACUAGGGAUGUCCUGAUCUGAUAUUGAUAUCGGAUAUCAGUCCGAUACCUGCAAAAAAAACUAGUAUAUGAUCAUAUCGGCCUGCAUUUCAGAUCUCAAAUAUCAGCACUCCAAUAAAGCAGUCCAUUCAAGGCUCCAUUCCAGCACCUCUAUCUAGCAGCACCUGGACCCAGCAUGCAGAGCCCAUGUAAUCACGACAACAGUGUGUACUACGGUACUAACAAAGUAGCAAGGAGUACGAGUGAUGUCAGCCGUAUGGCAGAAUUUUUUGUUAAAGUCUGGAUGUUGCAGCUGUGUGCAAAACUUGUCAUGCACAAUUUUGUGCCAAUAUUGGAUGAAUAUCGGUGUCGGCCAAUACUGAAAGCUACAAUAUCGGUGUCGUACCGGAAGUAAAAAUGUUGUAUCGGGACACCCCUACAAUCUUCACCGAUUUCUUACUAUCAGUUGGUAAGACUGGUUUGCUAAGCAUGCCUGAUACUAACAAAGCUCACACCACCAGCACCAGUUCAUUUUUACAUGCCUAUACUGGUUAUGUCUGCUCCAGCCGGUUAUAUGCCAGUUUAACCAGUUUACACAGCCUACACUAAAGAUACACUUUUAGAUAAAAAUUCAACCACCCCAGUUCACUUCACAAUGCCACGUCUCGUCUGUGCUUAUUUCAAUCCAGGUGGCAGAGAUGGGGCAGGUGUCUGUACUACAAAUCUAGAAAAGCAGCUAACCUAUAAUUUCAUCUCAUUUCAAUUGAAGUACCGUAUUUUUCGGACUAUAAGGCGCAUUUAAAAUCCUUAAAUUUUCUAUAAAAUUGACAGUGCGCUUUAUAAUCCAGCGCGCCUGAUGUAUGAUUACUUGUGCUUACUGACCGAUUUUAUGCGGUACAAUGCCCUUAAAAAAUCUGUCGAAAUGUGUAAGUACGACUUCGGUAAGAAACAAAAACCGCUCCGCGCAAUGGAUAUUUGGAGCAUUACGGUAACUGUCGUCUGAGCUUUAACGAAAGCUGGAAUCAUCACUGAACAGCCAAGUACCGGUGACAGAAACAAGACUGACUCGGAUAAUGACGAGAGGGAUUUGAGCAUGCUUGAUGCCCAAAUCGCACAGCUGUUUAAUUCAGACACUUCAGAUGAAGAAUUCGAUGAUUUGUGGAAGAGGAAUGAAUCAAUAAGUGAGUGUAUUUUUCUGUACCGGUAUUUGUUGUUACAACUGAGUUAAAUAAAGUUUGAUUUACCGGACUGUGUUGUUUUGCUUAAUGCACCUUACAAUCCAGUGCGCCUUAUAUGUGACAUUAUGGCCCAAAAAAUACAGUAUAUGAAAUGAAAUGCUACAUAAUUGCAUUUCAGCGUUACAAUGUUAUUGCUUCGUUUCACUAAUACCGUAUUUUUCGCACUGUAAGGCGCACUUAAAAUCCUUUUGGCUUGUCGGAGCGCUGCAGCUACCGUAACCUUGCGGAGUUAUUGAAUGAGUUAAAUAAAGUUUGACUUAUCUGACUGUUUUGUUUGGCUUAAUGUGCUUUAUAAUCCGGUGCGCCUCAUGUAUGAAAAUAGACGCAUUAAUUGAUGGUGCGCCUUAUAGUGCGAAAGAUACGGUACUGUAAUUACAAGGGAUCUGCAAGUUUAUUCGGCUUUAUCCAUGCCUCCCUUGUUGUCUUAUGAUUAAAUACACAACGCCAGGUUAAGGACACUCUCUUUACAAUUUUUAGGGGCUUGGGUUGAAUUAAUUCAAUAGACACUGAGUGGCAGAGUUGUUUGUCUUGAUGGUAAUUUGUAGUAAUGCUUUGAGGGACAGCAGCCAGAUCACUAUUUGAGUUAAACAGCGAGUAUCCAUUUCUAUCUGUCGUCCUUUGCUGCUGUCCUUGUCUAACAUUUCAAGCAUCAGUAUGCAGUGUGAAACUCUUCAAGUCGUCAAUAUGUCCGUACUCUAAAGUCACCAAGACAAAUCUGUCACUUAUUUCCUCUUGGUGAUUAAAGGCACAUCAAUAAAAACUUAAAAAAUGAGACGACACUGCCCACUCUGAUGUGUGUUUUGUACAGUGUGUGUGUGUGUGUGUGUGUAAGAGAGACACCUCCACAGCAGAUCCCUCCUUUUGGACGAGCACCCACAUCUUCUGAGUGUUCUCUUACUGUGUGUUUGGAGUGGGAACUUUUACUCCUCACAGUGAUAGAGUAGUGUGUGAUUCACACUUUUGACACAUCUGACACAUUCACAACACAGAACAAUGGCUAUUGUUCUGAUAAGAGGCGAGACUAAUUUACACUUUGGUCAACCUUUUUGUUUGCCAGCUUUCACCACGGCUCUGUUGAUGUGAUUGUUGACCUUUGGCGCUCUUAACCCCUCCUUAACAAGCUCGCCAAUUAAAUGGCAGGAGAAAGUUUCUCCGACAGAUUAAAGAGAAAAGAAAAAUAUAAUCUUUAUACUUUCUUCUCACCUUUCAGAGAGAGUUGACUCACCUCUGAGUGCUAUUAAACUCGCAGAGAUAUUGGCGUUUGGAGCUCAGCCGUUCAAUGAAUCUCAGCCUCAGAUGAGUGCUAAAAAACAAACAAGCGGCCGCCUUCAUGCCCUCCUGUCCCCUCAGCUCACACUGACCUCUCCUCAGACCUGAGCGCUGAGAGCAGCCUGCUAAUCCAGCUGACCAGAAUGCUUUCAAUCAGACCUCUCACUCAGCUGCUCGACUCCUUCUCCUCCCUCUCCCACCUCUUCCUCCCUCCCCCUCAUCUUCUUUUCUUUACUCAGCUCCUUCUCCUCCCUCUUCCACCUCUUCCUCGAUCCCUUCCUCCCUCCCCCUCCUCUUCUUUUCUUCACUCGGCUCCUUCUCCUCCUCCCGCCAUCACUUCCACUUAAACCCGGCACGCAGGGGGCCUGACCAAGAGGAUUGAUUUCCAGUAAGGCGAUGUCUGGAGCGCGUUCUGGAGCUUUCCGGAUGCGUUCAUCCUCCUUUAUUGCACUCUAAUCUCGAGGGGCAACCGUGUCUGCUCCUUAGGCCUUGCUGUAGACGCUCUCAUACACUCACACACACACAUCCACAUGAAGCCACAGUACAGUAAUUUCAGUAUUUGGCUCUUCCUUUCCAAGGCCUCAGCUUAAUAGCAAAGCAUUGUUAUUGCCUUCUUUCUCUUAAUGAAUUUUAUUGGCCUUUCAUACUCGAGUCAGUAUUACUGAGGAUUAAAUAGGCAUUUCAUUUUAAGCAAUAAAUUAAACUUACAUUAGUAUUCCAAUACAGGAGGCUCUACAAGUCGGGUAAGCAAAGGGAGGAGAAAAAAAGCUACUAACGCCUUUGACCUGUGAACCAUGUUUAUGAACCAUAGACCCCCAUCGUCCCCGGGUGCCCUGCCCACACUGCCCACCAGCUGCCGUGGGGAGGACUAUCCCUCACAGUGAAAACCCCCCUCGCCCUUUCAGCGCGCGCACGAAAACAAGUCAUGCCCAAUUAAUGCCUGGGUCAAAGUUUUAAUACACCAGCUGAACGUAGUUGCUAUUCAGUCCAGAACGCCAAGUUCAAGACCCGGGAUAAUGAGAUUUCUUUGCACCUGGUGAUUACACCAAGUAGCCAACCAGAAAGGAAACCGAUCAAGACGACAGGAUAUGCCCACUGAUGGGCCUGUGGCUCGGAUCGACCCUCAGAGCUCCGGUCCAUUUUUAGCCAUGUUCUGCCUGCUGUUUCCUCCGGGGGUCAGGGGUUUUAGGGGGGAGUCACUGAAGUUCUGAUGUUUUUUUUUUCGCUACCCACUUUUGACUAGAUGUUACCAAAAGAGCCAAAAACAGAAAGUUGUGACUAACUGUAAAUUGCUUUGAAGACUGAUUGAUUAAUUCUUUGGUCAAAAUGUCACAAAAAAAAAUCUUUCAAGUGAGCAAAGCGAGAGAAAUGUUUCAAAUUGCCAAAUCAAACCAAUGAAAAGUUUAAUAAAAUGAAUGAAAAAGAUCCCUCUUUGAGAGUCAGAUCUGAACUAAACUUGCCAUAUAAAAGCAUCUUUGAUAAGACAUGAAAAGACAUGCAAUUAUAGACAUAUUUUAGAUACUUUAACCAUGAUCCUGUUGGAUAUUUUCAUCAAAAACACCCGUGUGCUUCCUCAUGUAGCCUGUCUGUCCACUGUUGACUAAAAAUCCAAAGAUCAGCUGAUUUGUGGCGAAUAAGUCUUCAAAACUUUCUUACAAUCUGUCUCUAAAUGUGCACCAAACAAAUAAACUUUUGAGUCAUGCUGUCCAAAGUCCAAACUCCGAAGACAAAUCCCUGUUAGGAUUCCAAACACGUGAAGCGGCUCUCAUCUAUUGUUGUAGCAUCUGAUCCUGCGAACGGCAGCUGAGUGAAAACGCUGGCGGUGUGACACGGGCUGAUGGGGUGCCGGUCCCCAGCAGCUCGGUAAUGAUGAGAUAGAUGUAUGACAGCCACUCACAGCAGAGUGUCAGCCUAUUUGUCUUCCUGUCUCCGCAGAAAGAUGGAUGACCCUUCAACCUCGCACCGGUGGAAAUAUUCACGAUGCUGCCAUGUCACGAGGAGCCCGUCAUCAUCCCUCACCCCGUAUGCCGCUCAACCUUCAAGACUCCAUGAAUUGUUUAGACUGGAUUUGCCAUUUGGUUAAGUUUUAACAGGUCUGAAAGACAUUGGUAUUUAUGGGAUGUGACGCGGCACGGCAAACAAGACUGUAGACAGCGAAUGAAUAUCACAUAUAAAAUGAAUCAACAAGAGAUACUUUAUUUAGCCUGAAUGCCUUUUAAAUAAUUCUUUAUAUAAAUUCAGCACUUUGAGUUCUUCAUUAACACUUUAAUGCCUGAAAUUCACAAAAUAAGGCCAGAAAAUUUACUUUUUUUGGAGCUUAAGUGUUUAAUUUACUAACUAAUGUCCUUAAAAUUUAACAAAUAUGUAUAUUUAUCUAGUUAGAUACAUUAGAUGUUUUUGGAAACUGAUAAACCACAAGAGGACAUGUUUAUCAUUUAUCGGACUGUAUUUAGGUGCCUUUUUAGUUAUUUGUUGAUUGAUUUAAUAGAAGUAUCAUAAAAGUAAGUAUCAAAUAUGAGCGGAAGAAUUAUAAAACAUUAUGUUCAUAUCUCAUUUCAUACUUUUAUUGUGAAAAUGUGUCAUUAAUGGCUCUCAUUGGUAUUUCUAUGUAUUCGUCCAACUUUAAAAACAGCUCAUUGCAUGCAGAAUCCAGGGCAAAGACAACUUUACAUAAGAUACUGUGAGAUAUUAAAAUAUGUUGGACUUUAUUGUAUCCUGCUGCAUCGUAAUAUGAAUCAACAUUUCAUUAUGAUUUCAGACAGUGUUAUUUAUUUCAAUGAUUUUUUCUCUACUCUCUGAAAGUUCUCCGCUAAUAUUAGAAAACAAAUCACCAUAGGAGACUGUUCUGACACCCUCUGUCACACAGACACAGGCACACACACAGACACCAGUCUCCGGGGGACAGCGGAGGUCACUCACAGAGAACCAGGGCAGGGGGGAAGGCCGGAAGAUUGGAGGAAAUAAUUAUCUACAUACAUUUCAGUGCUUCAUUUCCCUUGGGGGAAUGCAUGGCUGGUGUUCCCAGCUCUCAUUUCCCAGGAUCAUGUCAGCCUUACAGCCGACCUACAGCUGGCAAUCACGUUCAAGUGAAAUCCACCUUCACUUAAAAGGUGAUUCACUCCUCCGCAACUUUUUCACGUGUGCGGGUUUUGUUGCCGGGAGCUUUUAACUGUGUCAGUGACUUCAAGGCCUCGUCGUCGUUUGUUUCAGACUCGUCUUGAUGAUGCAACAUGUGACAUCUCCCGUGGUUACCUUGGUAACUGCAGGUUUGCGCCGAAGAGUUGGGCGAAGGUGUGAAUUGGGUUUGCUAAUGCAACAGUUGUUAAUGAGAGAAUGAGUACGGGUGGAUGGGUUUUCUUGGCAUGUCUCUAGAGGCUUGACAUGCCAUCAUGACAUUUAGUUCAUCCUAUUCCAUAUUAAUUACUAUUUAAAGACCAUCCUCAUUAAAUAGUACAGAUUAAAAAUAACACUGCGAGUGUUUAAGCUGUAUUCCUCGGGAGGAAAAAAAAACACGUCUCUUUAAGUCACCUGCCGCCAUGGUCAGGAGAGAAACUUUAGCGGAGAAUCUUUUGUUCCCUUACAGCUAACCAGACUAAACUGUAUCUCAAACUGUUUCUUACACCCCAUCCCUCUUUUUGAAGUCUUUGGUACAGCACGAAACUGAAAAUAUAUUUAGAAAACAAAAGCAACAAACAACAGCGACACUAAAAACCUUGAUUCCCCCUUCACUCCGCAGCUGAAAUAUUCUCAAGUCCAUCCUGUGAUCGAAGGAAACAACAACAGCCUCGUUUCGGUGUUUUGAAUCUUGCUGUGUUUUAUUCGGGUGUUUUAUUGUUUUGUGGAUCCGCAGGAGCUACUCCUCAAUCUCACAGUGACAGCUUGAUGGAUGCUGUUUUACAAUUGACGGGGAUUGGCUUUGUGGGCUUUGCGCGGCGUCAGAGUUCGAGCAACAAGAUCUAAAGUUUUGGGCCACUGUCAUACGACACAAGGAUAUUCAGCUUGUUUUAUCACAGGUCUUUAGUUGAUUUUGUGUUUGAAUAAAUCAAUUUACAGCCAGAUAUUUGACACUGAAAAAAGACUGUUCAAAUGCUAUCCGCUGUGGUUUUUAUUUGUAGAUUUUUCAAGCUCUCAUAGCAGAGUUGUCACCGCAAAUCUCCUCUAUCGACAUUCAGACAGUAAAAAUGGCAGGACUGAACCUUGCUUUGGAUCAGAGAAACCCUGUGGUCAAGUUGACUGAUUAAAAGAAAAGCAUGCCGGGUCUUUGACACUGAAUCUGACACUCUUUCAGAGAAAGCAAAGCUGGGAUAUAAAAGGCUACCAUGACACUGCUUAUAUGUCGUAUAAAUUUCUGGUCAUAAUAGAGAAUCUUAUUACGUACAUGAUGUUCAUUUGAUUCAUUUCAGCAUGGGUCAUCUUGACACGUCUGCCUUUUUCAUUAAAGCAUGGUUAUAUUUGGAUCUUUGCUUUGGUCUGAGAGGACCACUGCUGCUAUCAGUCAGCAUUUUUAAUGACCUUUCUUCUUUUAUUCUUUUUUUCAGAAGUAGUGUCUCUGCCGUUAGCCGCGGCUCUCUCAGGGAUAACAUCUCAGGAGGAUUUUCGGCACAUUUAAAUGCACAAAACUAACUUCUACUCAAAGUGAAGGAACAUCAGAUGAAUCCCUCCAUCCCACUGCCUCUGCGGUAUGGACACUCGCUCUUAUGAGCCCUUUGUUCGACUGUGAAUCAUGACGGUUGGAGACAAUUCCUUCGGCUAAUAAAAAUGAAAGCUGCCUCUUGCAUGAAAAAAAAAAAUUCUGCUUUGACAUUUCGCUCCUCGGUGUCGGAGGAUUUUUAGAUGAAAUGAUCCUUUGAACUGUAGAGACAUUCAAUUAUCAUAUGUCCACUUGUGCUGACAGCACGAAAUCAGAAGGAACAGGUGACACAGGCAGACAGGGUGACAUGGACAGCACAAGCCGCUACUUUCAGAGCUCCCCCUAGUGUCUGGCUGCAGUAUUGGUCACAAAAUCCACCUCCACCAUCUUACACAUUGAAACAUGAGUUAAAGUUGGACUGAUUAAAAUACAGUCAAAUUGUCCAAACAUGCUUCUGUCAGUAAAAGUCUACUCUUGCCAUGCUCACUUUUGUGCAAGCAUUAAUUUUUGUAGAGAAGUUUGUUUUAAACUACUUUAUUAAUGCUAAAGAAAAGACUGAUUGAUAGCUAUGUUUACAGACCCUGACUCCAUUAUGUGUCACCUCUAAAUCAUGUCUAUUAAGCUUCACUGUCUAUGAUUGAAAACGCUUCUCUGGUCCAAGUUCGAUUCAUAAUGACUAAGUGGAAUAUUACUGAGAUGAUCAGUCGGUGUGAAGAGCAGUAGCAGACAGUAUAUCGAGAGUUCCUCAUUUUUUAUGAUGUACGUGAGUUGGCUUCAUUUCUGUUUAUUUGUAUAGGCUAUUUAUUUGAGAGGAUGUUGAGCAAAAGAGUUGGAAGUUAACUGUUUGCACUUGUGAA